GAAGCGGGGCUCGCAGGUGGAGCCCGCGUCCGAGCGACUCGCGGCGCCGUCCGCCGCUCCGGGAGCCGCGCGCCGUCCGCCUGGCGGGCGGGCAGCGCGGGCGCAGGGGCUGCGCUGCGGGCGGAGACGCGGCCGCGCCAUGGGCGCGCGGACCUGGCGCGUGGGCUUCCGCUGCCUGCUCCUCGUGGCUGUCUUUGGGUCCACCCGGAGCGAGGGCGUGCAGACCUGCGAAGAAGUUCGGAAACUUUUCCAGUGGCGGCUCGCGGGAGCUGGCAGGGGGCUUCCGGAUUCGCCGCGGCCAGGUAAGGCGCCAGGACCUGAUCUUCAGGUUUGUAUAUCCAAAAAAGCAACAUGUUGCACCAGAAAGAUGGAGGAGAGAUACCAAGUUGCAGCCCGCCAGGAUCUGCAGCAGGUGCUUCAGACAUCUAGCUCUACAUUAAAGCUGCUCAUAUCUCGAAAUGCUGCCACUUUUCAAGAAACCCUUGAAACUCUCAUCAGACAAGCAGAGAACUACACCAGCAGACUUUUCUGUAACACCUACAGGAACAUGGCUUUAGAAGCUGCUGCUUCUGUUCAAGAGUUCUUCACUGAUGUGGGACUCUAUUUAUUUGGGGCAGAUGUCAGUCCUGAAGAAUUUGUGAACAGAUUUUUUGACAGUCUUUUUCCCCUGGUCUACAACCAUCUCAUUAAUCCUGGUGUGACAGACAGUUCCCUGGAAUAUGCAGAAUGCAUCCGCAUGGCUCGGCGGGAUAUUAGUCCAUUUGGCAGUAUUCCCAAGAGAGUGAUGGGGCAGAUGGGGAGGUCUCUGCUGCCUAGCCGCACCUUUCUGCAGGCUCUCAAUCUGGCCAUUGAAGUCAUCAACACUACGGACCAUCUCCACUUCUCCAAAGAGUGCAGCAGAGCCCUCCUGAAGAUGCAGUACUGCCCACACUGCCAGGGCCUGACUCUCAGUAAGCCGUGUAUGGGAUACUGCCUUAAUGUUGUCAGGGGCUGCCUGGCACACAUGGCUGAGCUUAAUCCACACUGGCAUACGUACAUCCGGUCCUUAGAAGAGCUGUCAAAUGCGAUGCAUGGGACCUAUGACGUUGAACAUGUGCUCCUGAACUUCCACUUGCUGGUUAAUGAUGCCUUGUUGCAGGCUCAUGUCAAUGGACACAAGUUAUUGGAGCAGGUGAAUAAGAUUUGUGGGCAUCCAGUAAGAACACCCACACAAAGCCCUCCUUGUUCUUUUGAUCCAAAUAAAGAGAAGCAAGGAAUUCUGAAGACCUCUGUACGGAAUGGUGAAGACACACUUGCCAACAGAAGAAAAGAUUUUAUCAACAGCCUCCGACUGUACAGGUCCUUCUAUGGCGGCCUAGCUGAUCAGCUUUGCGUUAAUGAACUGGCUGCUGCCUCCAGGCUGCCCUGCUGGAAUGGGGAGGACCUGGUACAAAGCUAUACUCAGCGUGUGGUUGGAAAUGGAAUCAAAGCCCAAUCUGGAAAUCCUGAAGUCAGAGUCAAAGGAUCUGAUCCUGUAAUAAAUCAGAUAAUUGAUAAACUGAAGCAUGUAAUACAGUUGUUACAGGGGAGGUCGCCCAAGCCUGACAGGUGGGAGCUUCCUGCGCUGGGCAGCGGUGGUGGCAUGGCUGAGCAGGUCAGCGGAGACUGCGACGACGAAGAUGGAUGUGAGGGGUCCGGCAGCGGAGAAGUCAAGAGGAUGGUGAAAAUCACACGCUAAACAUGCCAACAUCGAAAGCUAACUCUGCCCUUCCCCCUCCUUACCUGAGAGGGCUGUCAGCGUGGACACAGCUCAUCUCACUGAGAAGCAAGCGCAGAGACAGACAGGGCACCCAAGCACCGAGAGCAGUGAGUGGAAGUAGGCAGAUGCUUCCCUUUCAGUCUUCAGAGAACAUGAUGUAUUCCAUGGUCAAAGCUAUGUUCCUGAGUGAAAAUAGCGUUUAUUUGGGUGGGCCUGACAACUGUGCAGUGGAAGCAAUGUGAAUUGUACAAUGAAGGUGAGUGAUCUGAAAGAAGAGAAGACGAAUUAGGCUCAAACAGUGGAGAAAGUGACUCCACAGCCUCCGCCCUGACAAAGGGAUCAUGAAAGCAUCCAGAAAUCCCUAACACCCUUCCCUGGUCUCUUCCUAUCAUUUCCCUUUGCUGAGGCUCCAAGUGUUUAAAGUAAUAAGAUGGAGCCCUUAUGGCUGCCUUUUCUUACAGACUUCAUAUAUAUAGGUGAUAGAUGCAGCUCUGGCUAUCUCUAGUUAGAUUGAUUUGUAUAUAAAUCAUGCUUUCCAAUUUCCCAGUGUCUAAUAUUGAUAAUAGGAAGAGAGAUUGAAUCACAUAAAGUCUAUACCUGUUUAUCAUCUGUAUCUAUAUCUGUAUCUAUAUCUGCAUACCUAAAUCUUCACUAAGUCCAUACUUCUCUCUCAGGCAGUGUGAAAGAGGUUAGAAAUAUCAUUUAUACACAUAUAAAUGUUAAAGCUUGCUCAAAUUAAUUCAAGGACAUCUCUGGGUCUUCUAAAAUACAAUCCACAGGUCACUCUGCUUUGUACAUGACUCUGUAUGAGCUCCACUUUCACCUCUGCCCUCUGACCCCUGCAUGCCUCUGCUACCACAGUGCCACAUUUCCUUUUGAUCCCCAGCAGGCCAAAAACAUUCCUGGCUCAAAGUUCCUGCACUGACUGUUUUUUGUUCUUAGAAUUCCCACAGCUAGCUCUUUGGACCUCAGACGUCUUCUCAUCUUUUCAGUGUGAGGUCAAAUCUCUCUUCCUAGAAAUGAUUUCCGAUUUCAUCUCAAGAGGUGCAUCAUCGCUUCGGCAUUAUAGCACCCUACUACUUUAUAUAAAUGUUACCUCGAUGCGGGCAGCAUCUUCAUGAGUGUUCUGUUGCACUGUGUUGACGAAACCCAGAGUGGAGUCGGUCACUAAGAAAAGGCUGCCAAACUUCCUUUUUCAUAGGUUCCAACAGGUCAUUUGUAAACUGCUUACUAAUUUAUUAAAUACACUUUUUUAUUAAAGGGCAAUGAUUUCUUAGCAUUCUGAGAUCUACAUGUGUGGUUUGUAGUUUUUAAAAAUCUGGUGCUCUAAUUUACUUGGGCAUAAUUCAAAUAAGAAUUUUACCUUUCAGUCAUGAUAGGUGUAGCCAUCAUGAGUGAAAGACUAAUGUGACUUCCAUGUAAACAGAUUGGCAGGAUGAAAAGUCACAAUCUUUAUAUCGCUUCCUUCAAGGCUAAUGUUAAUGGGAAAACCUCACUAGCCCUUAAAGCCCAUGGAAAAAGUUACUUACUAGUCUGAUCUAGUUUUACUUUUAAUUCUGAUUGGCAAUUCACAUAAUCUUUGCAAGUAGGUUACAGUUAUAAAAGAAGCUAUUUAUGACAAUUUGUGAAGGAGAAAGACUCUCUCUCACUCUCUCUCUCUCUCUCUCUCUCUCUCUCUCUCUCUCUCUGUCUCUCUGCAACACAAAAUUGUUACAUUCUAAAACUGAAAGGAAAAUAGUCACCUCAAACCAGGUAUGAGUCUAUUAAAUUUAUAACAAAAUUGAGAUUCCAUAGAGGCAGUAAACCUAAAGAUGAUAAGUUUUAUUAGGGUUAGCAAUACAUAUCUUUAUUUCAUUAUUAAAAGUGCUUAUCACCAAUCAGAAGGCAGUCCUACCUGACUUUCCUCCAUGGAAAAAAUAACUUGCUGCUGGUUGUCAUGUCAACUUCAUGUCAAAAGCAACUGAAGGGAGCUCAAUACUCUGAGCAGCACUAACAUAAGGGAGGAAGGCCCUUCUGGACAUGGAUUCUCAUUGCCACAUGUGUCACAAUCUCUGUAAAAAACGAAAAAACGGCCAUUACUUAGGAAGUAGCAUUUGAGAAGCACAUUUUAAUUUUUCACUGCACAGGUGUGUAUCUGUAAGCAGCUUCUAACCUAUGUUCCAACCAAUAAAAAGAUACGUAAAAUGUCUAGAGACUUAAUUGCAAGAUUGCCCCUUCCCUUAAAUUUGAAGCAAAAUUAAAUGAAUCAAUAAACUAAUCUAAUUCUAAAGUGCAUUUGGCUUCAUUGACAGCAAAUUUCAUUCUCAGUGUUUGAAAGAAAUGUGAAGCUGAAGGUGGUAGUGAAUGACUGUAAUCUUAUCACUCGGGAGGUUGAGACAAGAAGAUCCCCGUGAGAUCUAGAGAUACAUAGUGAGUUGGCCACAUGAACUACAUAGCAAGCCUCUGACUCAAAAAAGUCAUUGAAAACAUGCUUUUCCGCAAAAAUUUAAAAGUAACCUCAUAAUGAUAUAAAAUAAAUAUCUAUUUAUUUGGAAUUUUGCAAUUCCAAAGAGAACAUUGGUCACUAUUAUUUUUACACAUUGAUGUUUAACUGUUUUAUGGAUAAUUAUUGAAGGCCCAAAAUUCUAAUACUGCUAAAGAAAUAAUACUGUUAUAUCUGUCCUGUCAGUCUUUGUAUACCCUAGAGAUAUGCUCAUCUGGAAUAAAUAGAUAAAUUACAAUAGUUACUGAAACAUUGAAGUUGUAUUUUAACACUGAUGCAGAAAUAUUGGCAAUUUUAUGUUUUUUAAGCCACAAUAAGUUCCUCUAGAUUACUACAUAUCUUUUUGUCUUGGGAAUCCCUUUGAAGAAGUAGAUAUGAGAAAAAGCUUGCAAUAUAUAUUUUUUUUCUAUAAAAUCUCAGAGCAAGCUCAGAAUUACUUGAGUUCUGCCAGUAUAUCAUGAUGAAAAAAAUACCUAUUUUUGUGUAAGUCUUUGAUCAGUAUAUUCUCAUUGAAAAUAUGAAAGAUGGCAAUUGUAACUAUAAUUUUGGCCAAACUUUAUUUUGAUUACAUCACAAUGUAUCCAGAAGGAAUAACUGUAUGGCUUUGGGACUCUUUUGUUUUUUCUUAUUUAUUCUUUCUUAAGUACCAAAUAAAAUAUUUUCUGUGUUUAGUUUCAAAACAUUAUUUCAGAGUAAUAUUCAGGGAUAAAAUCAACCUCAAUGAAGCUUUAUCACAUCUUGUCCCCUAAAAUUUUGGGCUCUUGAUAUAGUUGUCAAGCCAAAGAAUUACAUCUUUACUAUUCUAAAUAACAGACAUUUACUAAGCAACAUUUCUUUAAAUAACUGCAUUAGCAAGAGUCAUUUUGAUUGUAAAUGUGCGGAAUUUAAUUCGAACAUACUUAAACAGAUAAUUUGGUCCAUAUAAACUGUGUGGUACAGCUUAUAUCUAGAUGUUCCCCCUAAACUUACUGUACCUUAUAGAGGGGGCUUUUUGGAGGUGAUUGCAUCAUGAAUGUAUGAUAUUGGAUUAAAAGUGUGUGGAUUAGUACUCUGAAUGGUUUACCACAGUCUUGGUGUGUCUGAAUAGAUUUACUGGAGACAGAAGGCCCAUUUUGGGCAAACAGUCUUGUAGCCUAGAUGGAAUAUAAACUUAAAGGGAAGCUCACUGUUUCUACCUCCCAAUUCCCUGCCCUGGAAUGGUUUCUCUUUUGCCUUGGAGCCAGAUGACUAUGGAUUGCAUCACCUACAAACUGUGAACCCAAUAAACUUUUCCUCCUUUAACUUUGAAUAUUGAGUAUUUUGUUUCAGCAAACAAGUGAGGAGAGUAACUAAUACAGAAUUUGGUACUAGAAGUGGGGUCUUUGACUGUAUCUGACCAUGUGUUUCAGGAUACUUUGGAACUGCCUAUGGGAAGAGUUUGGAAAGGUUUAGAGAUGCUGUCUGUAAGAGCAGUCCUGGAAACAUCUGGUAAGAUUUUGGCAAGAGUUUAGAAUACCAGAACACAGACAAAAAUGAGACUGGUAAAGACCAAGUUCAGGAGGUUUCUGCUUGGAAGAAGGACUGAAUUCACUGCUAGACUCCAGAUAAUGUGUGUUAUACCUUGUUAGAAAGUAUCUGCAGUUUGAUUAUAUCCACGGAGUUUGCCUGAGACUGAGAUUAUAAAUCGUGGACUAAUUAAUCUUGCAGAAGAAAUUUCAAGAUAGUUUAAUAUUAGGUUGUAUCAUGGCUACUUUAUGGGCUUUUAGCCAGAUUUAUGUUGAAGCCAGAUAUACUGAUGUAUGUCUGUAAUCCCAGUGGUUGGGAAGCUGAGGCAGGAGGAUCACUGCAAGUUCAAGGCCAGCCUGUGUUACAAAGUGAGUUCAAGUUUAGUCUCAACUAAUAGUAAGAUCUUGUCUCAAAAAAAUAUGUUGAGAAUUAAGAGCAAAAGCCUUGCAUAAUGAUUUAAAACAUUGUGAAUUUGACCAGAAGGUAUCCCCUAUAAAGCUAUGGACUGCAAAGAUAGUUCAGAGAGAUCUUCAUUGCUGAGAAGCAACAGGAGAAGAGAAAAAUGGCCUGAGGACAUCAUAUACAAAAACAGUACUCCAGCCUUUGAAGCCUCAAAAUUGCCAAAGGAAAAGACUUUACUUUGAGAAGGAAACACUGGAGCAGGUAUCCCAUGCUUGUUUUAGACACAUGCAAAGGAAUUUUGGGAUUGGGAAGGCUUUCACUCAGAUUUCAAAACAAGACCUGCAAGGCUAGGUAGUGUGCCCCUGAACUGUGAGUAUAAAGCUAUAGUGGAGACCCUAAAAUGUUUGGAGAAGCCAGAAACACAGAUCAUCUGAGGCAAACUGCAAGGAGGGAGCACAGCCAGGCCAAGAGAGAAGCCAUGGAUACUACAACCACUGGCAGAGCCAUGAGACAGAAAACCCAACCCUUUGGCACUCACAACUUGUCACAGAUGGCCAGGGAUACUGGACAUAGAACUGUAGGACUUGGUGUUUGCCAGGGGAAUUUUUAAAUUGCUUCAGACCCAUUCCUUUGUUCUCCUAUUUUUAACUUUUGUAAUGUAAAUAUCUGCCUUGUGCCAAUGAAUGUUGGAAGUGUUGAAUUUCCUUUUCAUUUGUACAGGGACUUAUAGGUAAAACUUUGCUUUAAAUCUCAGAGGAGACUUGGCUUGAUUUAGUUUUUCUCCCUAAGCCUCAUGAGGUCAUAGUAGGACUCUUUCAAUGUGGCUGGAUCUAGAGUUUAUGAUGUUGGAAUUAAAUGUAUGUGAUUAUUUAAAUUGGUUCACUGAUUCAGCACCUACCCUAAACCUAGUAUCUUAGAUAGAAUAUAAAAACCUGCUGGUGUUGGCUGAACUUACAGCUUGCUUGCUUUGCUACCUUAAGCCCACCAUGAACUGUUUCUUCUUUGUGAUGCCUGUCUGCCAUGCCACUCUGCCUUGGAACCAGCCAACUAUGGACUGAAACCUCUCUGAACUGUGAGGCAUACAAAACUUUCCUCUAACAUUGUGUGUUGAAUAUUUUGUCUAAGCAGUGAGAAAGUAAUUAGGAUAUAUAGAACCAAAGGAAGAGAUAUAAUGGAUAGAGGCUUACAUAUUUCCAAAAAUGGAAGCUCUGUGGACAUGUUAAUCUCUGGCAUUCAGGUGUUGCCAUCAAGAAGCUCAUAUGAGUGCCAAAGUCUAGAGUGUUCAUUGGCAUUCUGGCUCAGAGACAUGACAGAUUGAUUAAUUCCCUAUAUAGUCCAACUCAACCUCCAGCAAUUCUCUCCAUGAAGGACAAGCUGAUCUCAUGUCCCCUGUGGGGCCCACAAUGAGUCACCUCAUAAGCAUGAAGUAUCAAGUGUGGGACAAGAAGCUUAUCAUGAAUAAAAGCCUUAUCAUUUCAGAAAUUCCAAGGGGCAAAAGAUUGUCUUUCAAUAAGCAAAAUAUAGUGCAGACUUCUCUUUGGGCAAAGUUGAAUGCUUACACAGGGCAUGCUCUGGCCUUUGGCUAAGACAUUCUUAAAGCAAAACUAUCCAUACUUGUCUGGCAUUUACAUCUAAUAAAUUAUUUAUAUGAUAGAGAUAGAAAUGGUAUAGAAAUUAGGUGAUGGUUUUCCAAAUACAGUUUUACUUCAGGCCAGCUGUUUUCCUUUAGUAUUAAAUCCCAAAAAGGCUUUUACUUGAUUCCCUGAUACAUUUGACCAUCAACAUUGAUAUUAUCAAGUUACUGGCAGUGCUACUGUUAAACUAUAACCUAACAUAGUGAUGAUAUCUAAAAAAUAAGAAUCCGAAAAGACUAGACCACUUUUAGAAUCCAACUCAGUCAUCAGCAGUACAAUGCACCAUCAUACCAUGUGACUGAAUGAUCUAGAGCAAUGGCUCUCUGAUGUGCAGAUUUCCUUCCAUUCAACCUUUACCUUUCUCAAAGCAGGAUUGUAUUUUGCCUUUCAGGUAUCUAGUCAAUUUAGCUAAGUGAUAAUAUCACCUCUCUGCUAUCAGAGAGGUGAUCUCUUAAGGUAUUGAUAUGAUAUUAAAUUUCUCCUCACUGCAUAACUACGUAUUCAUUCUUUUACGUUCAGUUAUCAAAUAAACAUCUUUUCAUCUGUCAUUUAAUUUUAGGCAAAUUAAAGGAAGGAUGGAAGGAUGUUGUGGUUGGCUCUUGUGCCGUGCAGAUUGGUAGCAGUAAGACUAACCUAGCAAGUGCUUUCUCCCGUCUCUGGUCUCAUUCAUUUGAGUAGAGAUAGAGAGGUAGUGGGUUGUGAUGAGCACCAAGAAACUGACUUCUCUUCAUCUUUAACUCCAAUUUUAGUAGACACAGUGAACUUCAUCAAGUCUGAGGAAAUCAGAGGUAAAGGCUUAAAGCUACAAUUACAGUUUCAUGCUUAGGGAUCAUUUUUGUUUCCUGAACUAGCAGACUACUACAUCAGACAGGAAAAAAGAAAGUUAAAAAUAUGUGGCAGGAAAAAUAAAAAUAUGUAAUGUUAUCAUCAUGAAUCCCUAUCUCCACAGUGGUAAGAGUAGCACAGUUAUUCUAGAAUCCUCCCCACCUCAACUUCCCCAGUCUCUCCGAAAUUAAAGAAAUCUACCUAGUAUGCCCAUCUUUGUCGGCCACAUUCGGGUUGUGUGUGAGUGUGAAACAGCUUUUCUUGCAUCUCUUCUCUUGCUUUCACUUUCUCAUUCCAAUUUUUAAUCCACCCACUACUCUGUGAAUGGUAUCUCUGUGCUUAUUAUUAGACAUUAUCAGCUGUAAAAUUCUCUGUUCCAAGGUAUUGUUAAUCCGUGGACUAACCAUGUGGAAUAUCUUUUUGUUCUGAUUUUUUAUAGCCCCCUUGAACAUUUGACUCUGUCAGCAGAUGUGCAAAAUACAGUUUAGAGUAACUGACUGUUCAUGGAAGGAUCCUUUUGUAACCUGUAGAAGCAAAAGGUAUGGAUUGAUUCAUCCUACCUGUAGAUACAGAGCUCCCCCCUCAGGAAUUUUCUCCAUAGUCAUAGUGUAGUCUAUGCCACUCUUUCUGCCAGACAGCUCAACUCUUAAUAACAUUUUUGUGCCUCAGAAGAUAGGAACAAGAUACUUAGUUUCAGCCACUCUGCAUUGCCAGCAUCUCUGAGUGUCCACGCAACAUGGACACAAGUGGCUUCCUCAAGCCACUGCAUCAUAGACCCACCUGCUGGUUCCAGUCAUCUUCUGGAAGGUGACUCUUCUGAUGGCCUGGGAAGAGUUUGGAAGGCAUAUUACAAGGGGAAAUGUAACGCUACCUAAUUGAAAGAAUAGAAGGUCAUUUAAUCAACUAAAUUUCAGAUUUUUCUUGUCCCGUGGUACAAGGUGCAAGAUUUAAGCAUUUAAACUUUAGUCUUCUGUAUAACAUGUUUAUAAUAAAUUGCUGCCUACUCUCUGUGAGAGAAUAUAAGAAAUUGGAGCUAAUAUACACUGAUGGGCUAAUGACUGCUGAUAAUAAGCUUGGCCUUGAAUCUAUGAGCUGUUUAAUAACAGCCAAAGCUCCCAACAAACUUUUUUCUUCCCAACAAACUUCUAAUACAGUAGGGUAUAUAAAUAAAGUGCAUACCAGAAUCCUCUAUGAACUGCAAAAAUUAAUGCCUAGUUAUUAUCUCAAAAUUAUGUUUGCAUUCUUACCCACCAUAUGCUAGAUGGUUGACAUGCUAUCAAUAUUGCAGUGAUGAGAGCAUAUUUUACUUCUUUAAUUAUCAUAAUGACUCAGUGUUUCAGUGUACAUGUGGAGCUUUGUUUCUUUUUUUUUUUUCCGUAAUAGACUCUGGUUUCCUAGUUCAAUAAUCUAAAAUGUUUAAAUAUUUCCAUAUGUGUUUUAUAUAUUGCUUUGGGGUUUUUUUGAUGAUUCUUUUCUGAGAUUUGGGUACACAUUCCACCUUUUCUUUCUUAAAAUUACUAAAAAGAGUUGAUUCUUCAUUAUAAGAAAAUGUGAUUGAACACAUGUAUCAUUUGCUUUUUAAAAAAAUCUACGUCUAUUUGUUGUCUUCAGGUAAAUUAAAGAAUAUCUUCAGCCUCUAAAACCACUAAUAAUAACCAUUUUCUACAGUACUCUCUGUUUUUUGAACUCACAGACCAUGAUGCAGAGAAGUUAUGGAAGGAUGCACGCAGUUAUAUGUAAAUACUAUCCUUUUUAUGCUAGAAAUUUGAGCCUAUGUGGAUUUGUAUUAUCUGAGAAAGUUCUAGGAAUCAGUCCUCAACAAAUUCCAAGAAAUUAUUGUAUGUAAUAAAUAUUCUAUAAGGUGAGUCUUUAGUCUCAAAAAUAAGCAAACUGUGGGAGCAGAAAAACUUGUAUGUCGAUUAGACAUAAUCUUGAAUUAUGUUUCCUGCAUACGCCAAAUACCCCUUCUCAAAUGAGAAAUAAAAAUCAAUCUAAGUUUUGUAUCCUUUUGGUAUGGUAUUCAGAGGGCAAUUUGAAAUCAGGCAGACCACCCUUUACUAUAGUUUUUAUAUUAGAUUUCAAUGCAUCGUACUAUGUAAUAUAGGCUUUUGUUUAAAAUACCCCAAGUUACUGACUAGCUCUACCAUCUUACAUAAGCCUGAUUUUAAGUGACUCCUUCCUUGCUAUUAAAUUGUUUUGCUUUCUAUUAAUUACUUCAGAGUGCUGUUUAAUAGUCCUUGGAUAAACAGGUCCUUAGACAUGUAGAAAAGAGAAAUGCAAUAAAUGACAGGGGAACAGUAUGCGAAAAUAUGUGAUUCUUUGCAUAUGCAAAGUGAGCAAGCUUAGGAAGGAAAAGACAAGUAUUGAAUUCAGCUAAUACAUUCUUGAUCAGGAAAACUCUUGAUGGGGUUAAACACUAUGUACAUUGUUGGUUUCUUAAAAGCCAGUUUCAUGAAAGAGGGUGUUUAGCUGGCAGUUUCUGUCCAGAAUUCAUCAUCUUUCUCCUCCUUGUUCCUGACAUUUGUACCUGUGUAAGGGGACAUUGAUCCUAUCUUCAGCUCUGAAGAUGGCUCUUGAACACCUGGCAAACCAUGAUCCUCCAUUUUUUUUUCCAGAUAUCAUUCAAGAAUUUAGCCUUAGGAAAGCAUUUGUGAUUUUCUCUUCAAGACUGAUAAUUCGUUAAGGUUGUGAUUCUCCAAAUGUGGUCAGGUGCCUCCUCAGACUUCUCUGUGGACUUACUACAAAUAUACAUUCAAUUUAUGUUUCUUUUUCUUUUCUUUUCUUUUCUUUUCUUUUCUUUUCUUUUCUUUUCUUUUCUUUUCUUUUCUUUUCUUUCUUUCUUUCUUUUUUUUGGUACUGAGGAUUGAGUUCAUGAUCUCUCUCUCUCAGGUUAUGUUUUGAAAUUGUUACAUCAGAAAUUUGAGGAAGGAGCCUCACCAACAACCUGUUUCAAGGGGUUCCAGGUGAUUCUGAUACCCACUUAAACUUAAGAAAGAUUGGGCAAAGAGAAUGCAGCUGAAGUAGGUGAAUUCAGUCUAAUCCAAGCACAGGGUUUUAUCAUGUGGGUGUGAGGUAGGUUUUCCUGUUUUUACUGAUUUACGUGCAGAACCAAAUUACCCCAUCUGCUGCUUAGGCUUUUUGACAGCAUCAGAGAAUUCAGCUUGUUGAGUGCAAUAAACUAAAUGUUUUUGUCCUCCAGUUCUAUAAUAGAAAUAUGUAGAACCUGAUGUCUCUGUGAUAGUAUGUAGUGGGGAGGCUUUGGAAACUGAUUAGGUCAGAAAGGUGGAGGCUUCAUGAACUGAAUUAGGAAACUCCACAGGGCUUCCUUCCCUGUUUGCCCGAGUCAGAACACUGCAAAAAAGUAGCUGAUUUAGAGUCAAGAAAGGGAACUGCCUCUUAUUGUUCUGUGCUCAUGGACUUUGUGGCCUCCAGAACUAUGUGAAAGUCACGGUUGUUUUUUUAAGGUGCCCAGUCUACACAGCACAAAAAGCUUUGACAGAAAAGUGAAGGUGAAUAAAAUAAAAAGAGCAUAAGCAUGUCAAUAUUGCAAGUGGACAUCGGUGAGUUUCUAGUUUAAGAAGAAUGAUGCAUUUUCUCUUUAAACACAUUCAGCUCAAGUUGUCUAUAAUUGCAAUAGAAAACAUCUUGACUGAUACAGGACUGAAAAAUGGAGACUAUUACUUUAUUUAUUUAAUAGAUAUAUAUUAUAUACUGGCUGUGAUUGUAGUCCUCAAACAUAUGAAAAUGAAUCAUGAUAUCAAAAAAAAUCCAACCUAUUGGUGUUUAUAUUUUUAACUGUAAAAACAGAUAAAAAAUGAAUGAUAAAUUUUCAAAAAGAAGAUUGGCUUAAUUAGCAAGUGAGAAGUGCUAUGAUGAAGCAAGAAUCACAAUAGCAUAUAUGGGUUAUAAUUUUAGAUGGUAAGGCUAGGAAAUAUCUUCUAAGAGGAUGUCAUAAAAUUAUACAGAGAUUAGUACAAGAGACGGAACAGCUGUGGUGCAGAAGUCAUGGCAAACUCAAGCUAACAGCUAAUUCAGUUGUACAGGAUUUCAAAAGUAAUAAAUGAUCAGAACAGGAUUUGGACUGGGGGCUAUGUAGCUAUAUAUAGCAGUAUUUUUAUUUAUGCUGUAUUCCCUCCAAAGAUGCAUUACGACAUAUGAAGAACAAUGUUCUGUUCAUAAUAACAAUGUAGUACAGCACCAUUCUUAGUCAGCUUUAUUGAAUUUCUUUGGAACCCUUCUAUUCCUCAAGAUAAUUCUUCAAGAAGCAAAAUAUUUUAAAGGGAGAAUUUUACACCUUCUCACCAUGUGUAAAUUAAAACUGAAUGCUACACAGAUGUGCCUUUGCAGGAGGGCACAGGGGAUCCAAAGUACUAAUGAAUUUUUCUUUGCUUAUAUUAGACCUUAUAUUCAGCAUAAGAAAAAUAGCUGUUGGUGUAAGCUCCACAAAUGUCCUCUGGGCACAUUAGAAAACCCAAUGUCUCUUAUUCACCCUUGCUCAGUCCAGAACCUAAAGACUUUGCCUAGCACCGUAGACUACUUAGCAUCCUAUUGUAUUGCUAGUGUUUAUUCUUAGGAUGGUGCUUUCCCCUGCUCAGCUGUUAACCAAUUUCCAUGUCAUCCCUCAGUUCACUUAACAAAAACACUUGAUAAGUCAUCCAGUGAUUCAACUGUGAGCUGCCACCUGAGUUCUAUUUCAUUAACAAUCCCAUUGAUACAAAUUACAAUUCUGUUCUCUGCACCAGCCCAAAGGGAAGGGAGAGAUUUCUCUGUGAGCACAAAGCUUAGAUUUUUCAGAUAUAUGAUUGAAUAAUUAUGUUGAUGUUUGCCCUGAAUAAUAGAUAUGUCCCUCAGUUAACAGAUGUUCCCUACAGUUGCUAAAUAUAAAUUGUACAUUUUCAAUGUGCUUUCUUUGUAUCAAACAUGUAUAUGACAAUCCUUCCCAUCCUUCUUUGCUUACAAAUUAGUUUUUUAAUGGGAAACUUGGAAAGACAGAUUUUAUUUCACACCGUAAUUUUUAGUGAAGAGAAGGAUAGCCUGAAAAAAAAAAAAAAAAAGAAUGCCCUGGAAUCAAAAAAUAAAUUUAAAAAAUUUUAAAAAAUGUAUAUUUGCUAUCUAUGGAACACUUUCCUCUGAGAAUCUGCUCUAAAAUGAGGCCUUGUCUUGCUUGACAACAAUCAUAUAGUGAAUAAUUCCUUUUGAGGGAUUUAAAACUCCAGCCAUUGCCCCUAAAAAGACUAUAUAAUCUGGCAGAGCCAUUAUAUAAACUAACACUUAGGAACCAAAGGGUAUUAUAACUCUGUCCAUCAAAAAGUUAAUAAUCUGUGACCUUUUAAAAUCAUAACAAAAAUUGCUUUUUUGAUUAUGCCAAUAACAAUAAUAAAAGGUUAUUUUAUGGUCUCCAGAAUAAAAUUACUCAGUGCCUAAAUAGUUGUGCUCACUUGCUUUACAUUGGGUGGUAUUCCUUUGCAGCUGUUUCUGUUACAUCCAGGUAUAUAUCAGAAAUGAAAUCUGGGCAUUUCAGGUGUUUUAUAAAGGAAAAUAUGUCAAUGUCUAAGGUAGUCAGAACUUCCUAAUUCAAGCAUUGUUGGAGCUUUCAGAGACAGAUGUAAAAAUUUUACUUAAAUUACACAAAAUGUAUAUGGAUAUAUCUGAUUGUAAUUUGCUCUUUAUCAUUUUGUUUAUAAAGGCCUAGACUUGUUUCCAUAUUGCUAGCAUCAGUAGUAGAAAGAAAUAACUUGAGAUCUGAGAAGUGUGACUCUUUGUUGAAUGCAGUAGUUCUGGGCUGGGUUACACCUUCCAAGUUGUGUUCUGUAACAGCAGCGCCUUCUCUGUCCUCCCUGUGAGAAGCAAGGGCUGCUGGAGGAGGAGCCCUUUCUGCAGGGCCUUAGUUUCUGUUUUAGACCUUGUUCAAUGUGUGGGUUUUUCUCAAGAUUUGGGGGUUUUUACAAAUGACUUUACAGUCAAAAGUCAGAGAAUCUAUACAUAUUUUUACAUAGCAUGAUAGAAACCAGUGUCAUUUAAUUGCUUCAACUUUAUAAACAUCACUGAAGUGUUUAUUUAGAAGCACUUUCAUUUUGUUAAAAAUAUAAAGCCACUUCUAACCUUCUGAGCACUAGCCUCUGAGCAUCUAAAAGGAGUCCUGGGUUAGGUACCUAACACUUUUAAGCCUUCAGACAAUGUUCACCAUGAAGCUGCUUCACUCUCCUCCAGUACCACUUCACUGGGAGUCAUCUAGGCCAUACUGCAGGCCCCAAACCCAUGCCCAAGAGCUUCUAACAGAGGACAAAGCUGAGAGGCUCUUACUGUUUUGUUAUCUUCCCCAAAAUGCUACAUCUUCAUCCUUUGAAACCUGUGAAUAUGUUAGACUUCACAGGACAGGGAUUUCAGGUUGGAAAUGGAAUUAAUAUUGCAAAUAAGAUGCCCUCAGGAUGAGGAGCUUGGCCUUGACUGCCCAGGUGAGCUCUAUGGAAUCAACAAUGGUUAAUUUCACUUUCUUCAAUCAACAAAUAAGAGGGUGGAGCAAAGGGAACAGAAACAGUGCAACAGGAGAAAGCUGCUUUGGCUUUGAAAAUAGAAGAAAAAGGCCAUGAGCCAACAAAUGAGAGAAACAUGUGAAAACUGAGGAAAUGGACCCACCCUGCAGCCUUUGGAAACCCUGACACUUUCCCUGUCUUUCCUCGCUCCACAUGUCAGAUCCACUUCAGGCCUCUGAUAACCAGAAUUGUAAGGUAAGAAAACCCUAGUAUUUUAAACCACCAAGUUUUAAAUUCCUAAAAAGUAGAUUUAACUGAGUAAUAAAGUAUAAUUUUAAAAGAAAUGAUUCUCUAUAUUCAGAUGAAAAACAAAGAGGUAAGUGUCCCAGAGUUAUAUUAAACCAACAAAUGAAAAACUCACUGAGAAGGAGAUGGCUUCAAACACACUGGUAUCUACUUUUCUAUUAGUGUUUAGAGUACUUUCUCCAUCUCUUUACUUAGCUUCAACAACUUUAUUUCCAUUAAAAAUGCUUGCAACACUCUUAAUUAAUUUGAGAGAAUGUAAUUGCUGGAACAAUUAAAUGGAAUAAUUAAAGCAAUUUUAAUACAUCAGCAUUUGCUCUUUGGCAAAUGAAUCAGUGAGAAAAUAAAAUAAUUCAUGUGACUUCUCUUUCAUAAAUGUGGAUUUCUUUCUACCUGAAAUUGCAGAGGAGAUGGCAACUCUAGAGCUCUGUGUCUUCCUGGGGUACCACUCACCUGCUCACUAAAUAUGCACAGAGUUGUUUUGGGAAGUAAGGGAAUGGAGAUAAUGGAUCCUCUGAAAUGUUGGGAAGCGUUGAUUACUAUUAUGAAUUGGUGACAGCUUAGCACUUUUUAUUAAAAAGUCAUAUGUAAAAAGGUAAGGGGCCUUUCCAAGAAGUCCCAUGCUUUUUCAUGGGCACAUUUCUUGUGCUAAUCAGACAGUGAUUAGCAAGGCCUGUGGUGGGCUGAAGUUGAGGAACUUGGGUCCUUUUUCUUGACUGCAGAUUACAGUGUAAGGAUUUAUAGGAUAGUGUAUUAGCAGAUGGAGGUUUGCAUAGGAUUCUUUCCAGGUUCUUGUGCAAAGAAUUGUAUAACACACAAGAAUAGGUAGCAAGGUUAUGUAAUUAUUCAAAGCUAAAAAAUAACAAACUAUGAAUCAAGGAUGGGCCUAUGAGUAGAAUUACAAGGACCCUAUGAUGGCUUUUGUACUUGAAAUUCCUUGAUUGUCUUCUACCUCCUGCACAGAAGGUAUUGUUACAGUUGUCCUACCAAAAACUAACUUUUUCUGGAGCCUUGUUUACUGCUCUAGAGAAAGACUCUACUGGUUUCCCUUUAGAUAUAAAUGGAGUAUUGAAAAUACACUUUUCUCAUUGGUCCUGCAAACAGUAGCAGACUCAAAUGUAGCACUGAAAAGAAUCACUUUCUGAUUGGUUCCUUAUAUGGUGCUCAGGAACUGUGAGAUCAUGUUGGGUCCCAUGUAUUGUUUUUGUCCUCUGCUUUUUAUGACAUCUGAUAUAUUCCAUUAAGUGUUUGUCAGGUGUACACCAGCCCUAAUCUCCUACUUCAGUGCAUGUGCAGACCUGCAUUAUAUGAGCUCCCAGCAAUUUAUUUGAAUGUACUUCUAACAGUCUCUAUCAAAAGUUUAAAUAUCCUUUAUCCAGAAUGUUUGGGACAGAGUGCUUUGGGUUUGGGAAUAUUCACAUCUUCAUAAUGAAGUAUUUUAGGCAUAUGACACAAAUCAACAUGGAAUUCAUUUGUUUCAUAUAUGUAGCCUGAAAAUACUUAUAUACAUUUUUGUGUACAUACAUUUUGACUACCAUCUGUUUUAUGAGGUUAGGUGUGGAAUUUUGAACUUGAACUAUCAGAUGUGUCCUCAAUAAUUUGGAAACUGGAAUAUUUCAAUUUUUAAACAUUUAGCUUAGGAAUCCUCAAUCUUUAAUAUAAGACUAAAGCUUCCUAAACUCAUAGUACUAAGGCAGUUCUCCCCAAAAGGCAUUUUCCAGAGAAACACCAUUACUGAGGUACAGAUAACCUUGCAUAGCAUUCUGCACCAUUGCAUGCCAAGAUACUCAUUCCCAUGACCAAAUAGACAAAAUGUACCAUAAUAACAGUAACAACACAAUACAUAUACUUAUUUUGUCAGUGAUUGCAUCAGACAAGGACUGUUAUUUUAACUUCUAUUUUUUAUAGCAAUGAGAAACAGAAAUAAAUAGAAAAGAAUCCCAAGUUGCAAAGAAAUAAAUAUAUCUUUAGGCAAAGUAAGUGCAAAUGGGAUUUAAUUGUCUUUAAAAUCGGUGUUCCUUUUGCAUAUUUCUGCAUUUCCACCUAGGUUCUAGUGACAUGUCAGACAUGGCUAAUGUACUGCUGGGUUUGGAACAUUUGAGUCACCUUUUGAAGGUGGCCUCUAGGUUCCUUCUGUCCUGAGCAAAGAAACUGGUCAAAACAAGUGCAGAUGGCAGCAAAGUUUUAGUAAAGGUAAGAAAAGAAACCAGGUGUGACCUGUGAGUUUGGGGCUAGUAAAAGUAGGAAAUGAAGUACACCUUACAGCUCCAGGGAAGACCGACAUGCCAAAAACCUGCUGAGGACUGUGUUUUUGUAUCAUCCAUUCCUCAGGCUGACCGGAGGUCCAAGCCAUUCUGUGGGAAACCUGCUGGACUACUUACAAGAAGUCCCUGUGCAGGGAUUUGGGAACUGCUCCUCACACUUCUUUCCCCUCCAGUUUUAGCCACUUUUUACCUUUCUGUCCCAAAGUGAUGUUUCUUUUGGUUAAAAUUUCCAGAAAUGUUCAUAGCUUUAUAAUUUUAAUAGCUUUUUCCUUCAUCUUUUAUUUUGGGAAGCUCUUUAAAUCCUGACACUCAGAAAUGUCCUCCAGAGAACUGAGGAUUUACACAGUACAUCCUCACUAUUUCAUUCCCGCUUCAGUGUAGAAUUCUUUUUAUCUUUUUCACCUUAAAGAUCCAUAAAAUAUGCUGGGUGUGGUGGUACCUACCUGAAAGCCCAGCACUCUGGGAGGUUGAGGCAGGAGUCUCACAAGUGCAGGCCUAGCCCUGCAAUUUGGCAACAUAAAGAGACCUUGCUUCAAGAUAAAAGAUAAAAAGGCUUAGGAAUACAAUUCAGCAUGAAAGCCUUUCAAUUCCUAAUAAUGGAAAAAAGAGAUCCAUAAAAUCUGAUCUGAGUGGCCUACACUGAAAAAAAUGGCACUAUAUAAGAACUCAAGUAUCUUUAACAAAAAUUUGCAAAAAAAUUUCAAAUCAACUUUCACAAAAUUGUAGGUUAAGCUCUGUAGUGAGAGAUUCACAGAUAACAGCUGAAACCACUUCAUCUACAAGUUAAUGGGUGAAAUUAGCAUGUUAAAGAGUUGGAGGGCUUAAUUAGAAAAGCAAUCCUUAGGCAAAAAAGCCUCUCAGGAACACUAAAGCAAUUUGUUGAUUUUUUGGUGUGUGUGUGUCAGGUUUAGGGAUGGAUCCUGGACAUAAAAAUUAAUACCAACUUUGAAAAUGUAAAAAUCUGCAAUGAAAUGAUAUCAAACUCAGGUUUCCUUUAAAGGAAAUGCCCCCCUCCACUGAGAGUAUUUCCUCUGGCAUUCACUUCCAUAUUUUAAAACAGUAAGACUGAAAAGACCACUUUUUCUGUCUGCUUGCAGUUUUAUGCAUUUUCAAUUGCCUUCAUAUUAUAGGUUCAAAUUUAAGUCACCUCAUUGCCAUGAUGAUGGGGUCCUGGAUAAGUUUCUGGUUCUUGGGCACAAACAAAGAAGAACUGAACCUAGACUGUCAUGGUGGUAAGGAAAAAGCAGCAAAGCUUAAUUAGGCAAUGCUGCUCUCAAAAUAAACAAGUUGUAUUGGAGGAAAGGAAAAGGUACACGCACUGAAAACGCUGGGUGUAAGAAUUUAAAAUGUUGUGUCAGGUCCAGGGUAUCCACUGGGUCUCUAGAGCUGGGUGGGGUGCUGAGUCUGUUGCAUGUCUUUUCCCAUAAUUCACUCUGUUAUAAUUGGAUAUCUGAGAUGCAGUCCAUAUGCACCAACAUUUAGUGAGAUGCAAAUGAAGAAAUGUUAUUGUACAUCAUACCAACAGGUCUAGCAUGGAUGAUUUAGGACUUCAGAAUUUUCCAAAGGGGACAAGGGUUCUCUGUCUUUCUCAUAUCCACCUCUCUCCUGGUAGUAGACCUUAGGACAAAAGUCAGGGGAAUUGUCCCUAGGGUAUUACUGAGGUUCAGCUGAAUGCAAGUGGAUUACAACCCCAUUUGUAUUAUGUACUUCAAGCUCAUUAACAUUAUAUAAUAAUUUUAGUCAAAUUAAUAAUUAGUAUUUAUGUUUUUGGACCAUAUUUAUUAUUUGCAGUUACUGCAAUACUGUUCUGCAUAUACUUAGGUCUUUUUGUUUUUCUCUUCAAUAAAUAUAUGGUAAGUGUUCUUUCUACCUACUCUUCUAAGUAGUGAGAUACAACACUGAGACUAAGGAAGAACAAUCCUGUAAAGGACAUAUAUUUUAUUGCAAUGGCAGAGUUAUGGGAUCAAAGGCCUGGGAUGCUACCAUUUAAGUAUCAAUAUUCAACAGGUUAGAGUUGGUAGAAAAGAAUAUGGUUUAUUCCAAGCUGGCCCUGAAAAAGAUAGAAGGGCUACUGUGGGAGACCAGUUAAGAAGAAGGCUUAAAUGCCUCCUUUGUGAGCACGAAAGAGAGAAGCUGCAGGCAGGGCUGAUGUCAUGUUGCAGGUUCUUGAGAAAAGUCGACACAGCUGAGAUUCAAUUGCUCACCUGAGCGUGUUCUAAUGGAUGUUGGAAGGCAGAGGAAUCUUGUGUUACUUUGAUUGCUUGUACCACAUCUGAGUGAAUAAAAGUAGGAGCCCCCUCGGGGGCUCCUCUGCCCACUAGAAGCAAGAACCCUCUGGGUAACUGCAUAUUAAACUAGCCGUGUCUGUCUUUCAUCCUCCUUUGUCUCUAGGUCAGGGUGGAGGAGUAGGAGGCCAGCAGGCAGGACCAGCAGGUCCCCCACAGGCUACUUCAUAGAAUCUCUAGCUCUUCAGGAUCUGGAACACAAAGCAGCUUCCAUGGGGAGGGAAGGAGGCAGUGAGUCUUGGGUUUUGUGGUAUCCUCUCCGGAAUUCAAGGAAUGGUUACACAAAUGUAUUUUGGGUUUCAAAAUCUUAAGAAAGCUAGCACCUUCAUUUAGGUGGACCUUCUUUAGCCAAAGGAUUAACAUGAAGUAAAAGAACAAAAGGGAAGUGAAGGACGGUUCUGAGGGAUCCUGGUUACAUCACAAGAAAGAAUUUAAGAAACAUCCUCUGAAACCACAUUGCUUAUGUUCUACUAUUGACAUUUUUGCUCAUUCUCAGCAAAUCUUUGAUCUUAGCCUGUUGAUCAACCCCUCUGCCACUGUUUCUUUAUCUGUAAAUUGGAAAUAAAGUUUAUUUUUGUAUUUUUAAGGUUAUAAUAAAGAUAUGUUAGCUGGGCUUGGUAGUACAAACCUUUAAUCCCAGUACUAGGGAGAUUGAGGCAGGAGUAUUAUUUGUUUGAGGCCAGCCUGGGCUACAUAGUGAGUUCAAGGCCAGCCUGAACUCAUAGUAAGACCCUGCCUGAAAAAAUCCAAAAAUAAGUAAAUAAAUAUAAAUAUAUAAGUAAGUAUAUGAGAUAUGCUUUGAAAUCUUCAAACAAUAUAUUAGAAUGCUUCCCUGAGUAAGGUAUACCAUUGACAUAGCUUUCAAGUAUCAGAAUUUGUUGACUAUCAAUAGAUUGUAAGCUACAUUGAUAUCAUUAGCUGUACUUUUCUGAGUACUGCUGGUUUUACUUGGAGUCAUGACCAUAAAAAAUUCUAAAUUCUUGCUUGCAGGCCAAUUUUUACUAACAUCUAACACUGUCUUAAUAUUCAAAUUAUACAUAGCACAGCAAAUAACACUUAGGACACAUAAAGGACAUGAUAAAGAAUCUGUAGGAUAUGAGAGUCAAUGCAGAGUCAAUACAAAAGCAGAGUCACUGCUGGUGGUCGGAUAUUAUUAAUGAACCAAAGGCAGAGAUGUCAGAGCAAAGUAUCGGGAUUUUAUAGUGAAUGGUGUCAACCGCAUGUAAAAUGAAGCUGAAAUUUAGAGAUGGGUGGGAGCUGGUCACCUGGCAAUCUUCUGGGCAGACACUGUGAUGUGUUCUCUGGGCUGGACUUUGGUAAGGUGGUCGCCGGCAUGCUUUGUUGCAGACUGAAGUAUUUUCUUCUCUCAAGCAUCAUAGGUGAAGUUGCCCUAUUCAUUGGUCUGGUGUGUCUGAUAAGCUCCUGUACCCACUGUCCCUGGUAUGGUCCAUUUGUCUAUGUGUUCCUGCUGUCCAACAGUAAGUUCACAGGUGGUAAUCUUUUCUCAGCACAAAUAAGUCAUUAUCAGUCUACGCCACAUUGCUGUGUUGCACAGAUGGUGAUUGUUUGCUUGUUCAGACAAGGUAUACAGUCAUUUUACCUUAGCAUUUUUAUCCAAAGUGAAGUAAUUCAUGGCAAGCUCUUCUGUGUUCAAAAUGGAGUCAGAGGAUAAGAUGCAACUAUGGAACUCAAAAGCUGCUGCUCUCUAUCAAUGCUUAGAAAAAUAAUAGACUCAUACAUGUGAUAGGCAGACAAGUUUGAAGGUUCAGAUUUUAAACUGAAUGAUCAAAAUGAAUUUUUAUGCCAUCAACUUACUUGCAGUGUUCAUAUAUCUUUUAAGAUAUAAUGUGAGAGAAGGCUUAUUUUAAAAUUUUUUUUUGUCUUUUUCUUUUUUAUCGGUACCAGGGAUCAAACUCACGACUGCACACUUGCAAGGCUGGCACUUAUGCCGCUGAGCUAAAUCCCCAGCCCCAGGGAAGGCUUAUUUUAACUUUUUGCAUUUUCAUUAUUUUCCAUUAAUCAUGUUUUAUAUUACUUUGUAUGGGUUUUUGUGGAUUUUUUGAUAACUUUCAUUCCAUGUCUAAUAAUAAAUCUAUAUUUUGCAAUGAUAUGAUAAACAAAAUCUCAUUAACAUGUGUGUGUUAUUGGGCCUAGUUGUGCGUGUCUAUAAUCCCAGCACUUGAGAGGCUGAGCCAGGAGGAUUGCUGUGAGUUCAAGGCCAGCCUCGGCUAUAUGAGUUCAAAGGCUGCUUUAACUACAUACUGAGAUCCUGCCUGAAAAAAUCAAAACAUAAAAUAAAAUAAAUCUCUGUUUAUAUGGACAGAAAUCUUGGUUGCUUAUAUCCUUAUGUUUCUACUGGAGGGAAAAAGUUAAUCUUCCAAUCCUCAUAGGCCUUUUUGAAAAGAGUACUUCUGUUGUUAAAAUGCCCUCAUUUUUUAACAGGUGUGUUUCUGUUCAGAGCCUUUGUAGUUUAUUUAAUCCACAUGAGUGGUGGCCAGUCACUAGUUUAGCAGCAAAAGCCUGGACCUUAGUUGAUGGGCAGAGGAAGAGAACAACCUCAGCCCAUGCCCUGACUCUCAGAAGAUUUUUUAAAAUUUUAUUUAAAAGGAAAAAGAGAAAAAGCAAAACAAAACAAAGUGGUGUAAGGGUACAAGUAAUACAGAACUACAAAAAAAAAAAAGUAACAGUAGGAAAUCACCAGUUAAUAGAUUACAUAUUAUCAUCUUAGAGAUAGUUGCUCAAAUCACAGUAUCAAAGCAUACAAAGUGGACAUUCAAACAGUGAGACUGCAAACAGUUGUGUUCAAUGAUCCAACCAAAAACAUUAAUAUGGUUAGCUAUUUAACACCCCUAAACACACUUGCUGUUGUAUCCUUUAGAGCUCUUUUUUUCUCUCUCUUUUUUACAACAAAAUUUACAACUUUUGGGUUUUAUUACUCCUUAGUUCUUAUUACUUUUUUGGCAGGGGGGAGAGAAUAAAGUCAAAUAUGGCAAAACAAAACUGUCAAUCAAAACCAAGGAUAGACAUAGCACAUUAUGUAAAACAGAGUACAAGGUUAUCAACAAUGGUUAUCAACAAUGUCUCUUGUUUCCUUAAAAAGAAUUGUCUAUCUCAUUAGAUAUUAUAAAGUUGAACAAAACAGUAGAGAACAACACCAAUAAAACUUAAGCAUUGUAAACAUUACAGGACUUCCAAAGGAGACAAUAGUCAAACCAGAAUGGGCAUCUUAGUGAAUCUUAUUGCCUUCAAAGUAGUUGCCUAUACCCUCAAACUUGAUACUAUCAGACAGAAUGUCUAAUCAGUCAAAACAAGAUACUGGAAUACUUCACUCCAUGCUCUUCUUCACUUUAUUGUUUGUGCUGAGAAGUCUGCUGUGAUUCUUAUUGGUUUUCCUUUAUAAGUGAUCUGUCUUUUCUCUCUGACAGCUUUUAAUAAUCUAUUCUUGUGUUGGAUUUCUGGGAUGGUGAUUAUUAUAUGUCUGGGUGUAGUUUUAUUUUGGUUAUGACUAUUUGGAGUUCUGUAUGCUUCACUGAUCCUGAUGUCGGUUUCUGAUCUCAUGCUUGGGAAAUUUUCAGCUAUUACUUUUCUAAAUAUCCUCUUGACAUCCUUUAUGUUGUCUCCUUCUUUUUCAUUAAUCCCUCAUUCUUAUGUUAUUUUUCUUUGCAUUGUCUUGCAGUUGUUGAAUUGUUGUUUCCCGAUUCCUUGUUAUUUUUAAAAGAUCUUUCCCUUCCUGUUCACUAGCUGCAAUCCUGUCUUCAAGGUUUGAAAUUCUAUCUUCACUUUCAUUAAGGCGGUUUUUACAACUUUCAGUGGAGUUUUUUAUUUCCUGUAUAUCUUUGUGUAUCUGCAUUAUGUAUUCUGUUUGUUUCUUAUAUUGCUCGUCUAGGGAUUCUAUCUUUUUGUUUAGUUCCUCCAAUUUUUUAUCUGUGCUUUCUUUAGAUAUAUUCAGAAUCUCUUUAAUUUCUUUUAUCAUUUCUUCUUUUACCUAGGAGAUUAUUUCGAGUUUGAAUUUCUUUAAAGCUUCCUGGAGUUGCUUGUUAAUUUCAGUAUCUAUUGUGUCCGAUAUUUGAGAUGAAUGGCAUAUGUUUUCUUCUGUAUACAUUGCUCCUAGGGUUUCUUGAGAUGGGCUGGAGGUUUAAGGUUGUAAUUUUGUCUUUUGUUUUGUUAUUUUCCUAUAUUUCUGUGUUUCAAGUGUUAUUUGAAAGCUUCUUCAGGGUCUGUUGGAAAUCCCCUUCUAUGUUUGCAACUCCUGAGACUCUGGCACCCCGUUACCCCAAGCCACUGGGCCUGCAGAACCAAUUGCCCUCCUCUGCCUGUUCAGAACUCUGCAGUUCCAGAUAAGCUGGGCCUCAGGGACACUGUGCGCCCACCUGCCCAUUGGAAACUCCACAGCUCUCCAAGUGCAGCCGGGAUGGGGAGGUGGAUGUAGAUGCCUCAAACCCACCUCUCCACUUCACUGCACCCGGAAGCCUGGAGGGUCGAGAACAGUCUGGGCUUUGGGCAGAGUGUGCUGAGCACUCACCACAGGCCGCGGUGCCUCUGGAUCCUGCGAUCCUCCCCUGCUUGCUGAGAUAUCCACAGUCCUCCAGACACCCUCUCAGAAGAUUUUUAAAUAAAGAAAGCAAAAAAGCUAAAGGGCUGUUCCAUACUGCUUAGUUCAUGUAUCACUGAGUAGCAAGUUGUUUAAUGACUGCCCUGGGACAAAACGUUAGCUAACAUUCUGAGAAGUAUUUCAUUGUUUUGGCCAAUCACAACUAAACUGCUUCUGAGACUAUACUUUAUUUUGAAACAACUUUUUAAUCAAUUUAUUUCACAUCUGCAGUGUGAAGUUUUGGUACUAAGAGACGUUAAAUCAAAACUCUUGAGACUGAAAAAAAAAACUCUAAAAUUAAAAGUAUUAAUGGAGCUGCUACGGAUGCUACCCAAUGAGGAGCAGGCCUUGGGUGAGUUCCUACAAUUUCCAGCAACAGGGCUAAUAGCACAUGGAAAAAUGUUCACUGUACCUAGGGCUAUACACAUACGUGUUAAGAAAACUUGGGAGGCAAAAACAUAGAAUCAACAUUAGCUAUGGAGGGUCAGAAUAAUUCCAAAUGGGAGAACACCAGGGUAGGAAAUCAGUUGGGAAGAAGAAAUAAUAUUGUUAUCUGGUAGUGACUUCUAAAAGUGGCCAGCUAAUCGUAUGUUCCCUGGUUCUGAGUUGCUCACCUCUUCCUCUGGAGUUGGAUUCCAGGGUCUUCUUAUCUAGAACAAAGACUGAACUAAAUAAGCAAAAACACACUGGCAGAGUUUAAUUGAGAAAGUCCACGUGAAUAGUGAGGGGAACACUGGUUCUGCAAAGUGAGUUUAGGCAGUGUAAAAGCAAGAUAAAAAAAAAAAUACCCUGGGGAAGGUAGGACUGGCUUCUAGAAGAAAGGUUGGGUAGCUAGCUCUUAUUGGAGUCUCUGCCCUUGUAUGCUAUCCAGUCUCUAGGAAACCAAGAGAACUUCUACAUAAUGGAUUCUGAGAGGCAGUGCUGGCCUCAGGCUGACCAAAGACCUAGACCAUCUCUUGAAAACCUGCUGAAGUUCUCCAGAGAAGUCCACAUGCAGGGCACAUGUGUUCCAGGAUCUUACAAAAGGUCAUCUCUACUUACCUAGCCAGCUUUGCCACUCGUAAUCUCCUAUGUUAGUAGCUGUUUUUAUAUGUGAUAAGAUUAUAAUAAAAUGGAAUUAUGCCUCAUCAGCAGCAGUCUGGAGUUUGAAUCCAAGUUUGAACAUAAAAUAAGGAAUGUGAAAUAACUUUAGUUGCUUUGGCCCAUAGUUGUAAAUUGAUUAACUUUCUUUAAUUCUCUUCUUCCCCAUACUGCAAACCCUUGUUGAUACUGGGAUGCUUCAGAAUUUUUCCCGCAUCAGGGGCAUUACUUGUAAGUAAAAAUAAACAAGAUCUCUUCCCUUUCACAACUGAUAGUGUAAAAUUUACAAGUGUGCCGCUGAAGCCUAAGGUAAAGUAAGAGAUUUGACAAGAGCUUGUGUCUAACCAACACCUUUCCCCACUUUGGAGCCUACCCAUGGUGUGUGCCCAUGACUUACUUCUGUGUUGUUCCCGCUGAAGUAGAUGUCUCCCAGGGAUCCCAAGAGCAGUUUAAUCCAUAAUUCUGAUCCAUAAUAUCCCACAGCUCUCCUAUUUACUUUUCUUUUUAUAGCUCAUUCCAGUAUCAGCCAUGUAUUAUCCCUCAUCCUUUGCAAUAAAUGCAAUAAAAACUUUCUUCCUUUGUAAACUAGCUCCUAGAAUCCAGCUGGCAGGCUGCCUCUCCACGUCUCACUACCUUUCAGAAACACUUAUGCUCCUGCUAUAGUAUUUAUUUUUUCAAGUUCUCUAAAGAAAAAAAUGACAAUAUACAUUUUAAUUUUCAUCCUAAAGAAUAAAGUAGACUUUUUAUUUUACUGUCUUAUUAGUGUCAUUCAGUUGUAACAUAUUUCAAAUAGCAGCGAAGAAGAAACAUUUUAUGAAUUGCAUGGUAUUUGACUACUUGGUAUGAAUGAGUUGGAUUCCUGACCUUUAGUGAGUGGGAACUUUCUUAUCUUCUUUUGUUUUCCCAAGACUAAUCUGUGCAGUGAAGCAGCACUUUGUUUUGAGCAGUGAUUAUCUUCCUAUGGUAUCUCCAUUCAAUUCUGUAAUCUCUAGCCCUGUGGGCACUUCGUGAGAAAAACCCCACUGCUGUCACCCUUGAACUGGGUUAGCAUAGGAAAUCAGAGAGACAACAAACAACUAAUAACACCACACAACUAAUUAUAAAUGAUGACACAAUAUAUUUUUCAGUUGAGUGAUUGUAUUAUUUAUUUGAUGCAUCAGCAAUUGUUGAUUAGAGAUGCAUAUAAACUUGGACUUGAUAGAAAUAAUUAGAGAAGAAGCUUAAUUACUGUAAAUUAAGAGAAGAAAACACUGAAGCAAAAAUAACAGAUGGUCAAAGAAGAAAAUGCUAAUGUAAAACUAGCAGCAACAUUAAGGGGAAAAUAAGAAAUGAAGCUGCCCUUCAAACACAAAACAAUUUCUUUCACUGAUUUUAUUUUAUUUUUUUUUACAUCCUUAAAAUUUGUCAGGAAUGUGUUUUUGUGCUCUCUUUUGUUUUUAGAAUAUUUUUCCUAGAAACUCCCUUAUUUUCUUACAUGGUUUCACUUCAUUUAGAGAAUGUUUUCCAACUUAAAAAUAUUUCAUUUAAGCCUCAACUCAAUUAUUCUUAAGGAAUUUUAAGAACUUCAAAUGGUUUUGCUAGCUGACUGUUUAAAGUAAUUGUCAGUCAGCUGUCAUAUUUAUAACAAAAUUAGCACAUGACCACUAAGCAAAAAUAAACCAUGAUAUCUUUGUGCCAGAUAUCAAUGUGUUGCAGGUAUUGGAUUACAGAAUGUAUUUUCAUACUUUAUACAUAAUUAGAAAGUUUGGCUUAUUAAAUAUUUUAUGUGGUAGUAUUUGCAGAUUUCUUAUGAGAAAUAGUAGACUAAGAUUUUUUCUAUCCCCAUUUCCUUCUUUUUCAUAAGAACUUAUUUUUAUGGGAAAUGUGACAAUUAAAAACCUAUUGCUGAAGCUAAAAUAAAUGAUAAUUUUAUUUAAAGAGGAAGAUAAAUAGCACAAAUGGGAUUUUGACCCCUGUGCAAUUCUAUUUUUAUGAAAGUUGGACUUAGUACACUUGCAAGGCCUUUUCCUCUGGCAUUUAACACAUGGAAAUAAUCAUCAUGUUAGUUACACCCUAGUAAUUUCAGCCAAACUUAUUCCCACCCUAUUCUGGAGAUAAAGUAAAUUUAAUUUAACGUCAGAGGUUACCUUAACCUUUCUUUCAUAGUUGUGCUUUUUUUAUUAGCCAUCACAGAAGAGGUUUAUUCUUAAAGAUUCAGAGGUGUUUUAUCAACUGACAAUUUAUAACUAGCUAAGGAAACAAGUUUGGUUUUGUGUACUCUUUGUUAUGGUUUUCUUCUUUCACCUUGUUUAUCUGCAAAAGACCACGCUUCUCUGAUCUGGACUUACAGCUUCGGUCACAAUAGAAAGUAUAAACUUCAAGUUGUCAGCAUAUGACAUGAAAACAUGAAACUUCAUUACUAUUUUUUUUCACAAUCCUUAGAUACUUUAUAUAAUUAUGACCUGGGGUGGGGGGAGGUCAAAAUUAGGUUGAAAACAUCAGGUUGUUGGCCACUAGCUUUUCAUGUUUAACAACAGUUUCCUUUGCUCUAGUGCAUUUUCAUUUCAUAACAGUUCAAAAAUUUAAGGAAUAAAAAAUAAUAGCAAUAAUAAACCUAUAGCCAACAAAAAUAUUAUGUGCAGGGCAUUGCAGCUUGAUCUUGGCUUUCUGGCUUAAAAAGUAUUUUGCAUGAAACACAUAGGUGAAGUUUUAUUCCAACAGUAUGAGUGCAAAUCAAUGAGCAAAUUUGUGAAGCAGUUUAUGGCAUAUUGAAAAUAUAAGCUUUCACUGCACACACAAAUGAUUUUCUUUUUGCUUUUAUCUAAACCUUCUUAGCAACCUUAUGAAAAUUAUGUUUUCAUAUUUAAAACAAAACAAUGCCAAAAUGAAAGGUUAUUCUAGCUUAAAGUUAUUUAGAGAAAAAUCUGAUCUUUAAAGAAUGACUUCCUGUACUAUUAAGGAAAAACUAAUGAGAACUUUAUGGAAUGCACUAAUUAUGCCAUCAAAAUACUAAUGUUAUCAGCAAUGUUUUCAUUGAACCAACACUUUUCUCUCCUUAGUAGAGAGUAGGAAAUGAAACUCCAGGUAAUUCUGUUGUGUUGGAAGUUUGCUUGUCAGUUUAUCAAAACAGAUGAAUGAUAAGAUUUAAUGCUUCAGGAAACUCCUGGCUUUGUAUCCCUGACUUUUCACGAAGCACUUUUUUUACUUGGUGAUGGUGCAGAAGAGGCUGCUGUCCUUAGAAAGGUCAGCUUGAGGGGUUGUCUCUUGAUUGGCUUCUGGUGACUUGGAUUUUGUGGAGCUGCCUACCAUUUCAGAAAGAGUAAGAAUGGCUCACUUGCCUAUGUCAGUGUGCUAUCAUUGCGGUUUACCUUAAACACUUCUACAUCUGGAUGCCUGGAAAUUGGGUACCUACUCAGGAAAUGGUGCGCCUAUGCCAAUUCCCAAUAAAAAUCCUCGACUCCUUGGCUCAGCCAAGUUUCCUUUGUCCAUAACAUGGUGUUCACAAUUCUGUGGCUGGAAAAAUGAGACCUCCUGGGUAGCUGUCCUGGAAGAAGACUCUGAGGAGAUGGUGUCUGGUUUCUUGCAGGUUUUUUCUCAUAUGCUUUUUCCCUUUAUUGCUUUUGCUUUUUAUACUUCACUGUAAUAAAUCACAGCAUGGGUACCACUGUGUGGUUAGUCCUAAGAAUUCUAGCAAAUUGCCAAGCCUGGGCGUAGUCUUAGGGGUCCCAUGGCACCGCAAUAGUCUUGGAAACCAGUUUCAUCAAUUUCUCCUUCUCACUUUCUCUUGCUGACAUUCUUCGCUAGCCACACACACUAUCAUCCUACCCCUCUGCUUCACAAGUGAGUUUGUCACUGCUGGAAUGGAUGUCAUCUUUCUCCAAGACGAGCCCCAACCUUGUCACUGUUCCCAGUUAGACACACAAAUGGCUGGGAAUGUCCUGAUGUUGACUAUUUCAGUUUCUUUAAUUUGUGGCAUUUAUGACUUUGCCUUGCAUAGUGGAUGUGCAUGCAUUCUCACUUCUGUCCUACUUCAUUUUAAGCUCUUUGAGUGGCUAUUUCUGUUGUGUCACUAUAGCUGCUUGCACUCUGUAUGAUUCCUGUCUCGGGCUUCAAUAGAUAUACAUAUACCAGAUUAAGCGAUUUCAUUAAGUUCAUUGAUGUAGCUGUUACGUGACAAUUACUUUCCCAUCUUCUGAACUACAUAGAAACUUGCAUUUAGAAUAUCUAAGAGGAAGUCUUAAAUUACACUACAGCAUUUGUUGAAAAUUAAGUAAUUUAAUGUUCUGUAAAUGAUUAGGGGAAUCUAAUAAAUUUGAUUAAUUGACUUGAAGUAAAAUACAUGAACCUCUGUCAGUUUUCUGGAUACAUAUAAAAGCAAAAAUUACUCCAGAGAAUUGAAUUAUUAUUUCUCAAAUGCAUAUGUAUGUGUGUGUAUGUACACAUGCCAUAGUAUGAACUAAUCUUAAAAUGGAAGAGUAAUUCCUAUGGAAAAUUAAAUAAUGCCAAUCUUAAAUUCUUUCUGAAAAUGCCUUCAUAAAACUCUUUGAAAAAGUUUAAUUUCACCUUUUUUUUUCCCUUUGUUUUUUGAUUUCUGUUAAUAUUAGUGCACUCUAACUGCUAAGUAUGGGGCUUUAAUUGAAAGUUAAGAAUCCACUGGGUAGAAUUUCAAAAAUAAUGAAAACUUUAUAAGAUACCAUUUCAUUUUAAAUCCAUUCUUAUUUAAAUUUUGACAUAAUAAAAUUGUCAGAGGAAUAGAUAAAGAAUUAUUAAGAAUUUUGAAGAUAUAUCUCUGAACUUUUUUUUCAGAUUCUUUAGUAUUUGCUUAAACACACACUUAUUAUAACUUUAAUAUUAUAUUACAGCUUCUGAAUAAUCAUGGCAGCUUAAGCAAAUAAAAGUUUUGUUCCUCUCCCUCUUGAAAGAGCACACAGAGAUGAAGCAAAGCAUCACCCAAGAUGUGAACUGAAAGGCAGAGAGACCAAGGCAGAGUGUAGGGGUGCCUGAGUGGACAGUUGUAAUGUGGAGAACUAACAAAGACAUUCAAAUCGAAGACCUCAAGCAGGCCCCAAGUUUGGGCCAGCUACCUUGAAACUGUUGAAAAUCAAUUCAUGAAAAUGUUAUAAACCAAAGUCCCUUCCUCAGCUUUGAAUAAUCUGGCAAAGAGCAAAUGCUUGCUUCAUUUUAUCUUCCAUUGCCCCCCCCCCCUUUCUGAAACAGACCAGAAAUUUGGUCUCUAUAAAGAAAAAGUGAAUAUAAAGAUAUUCACCUUCUUUCUCUAUAAAGAAAAGGUGACUCUGUCUGUGUCAAUACCAGAUCAAUCAGGGCUGAAAGUACAUCCACUUCUUGCUACAGAGAAUAAGUAAAUGUCUAAAAAUUGUUUGUAUUUCUUCAUCUGAGAAGUGCCUAUUCAUCACAGAGGUCCAUUUUGGAUUGGGUCUUUGAAUUAGAGGGGCUGGCUUUUUUCAAUUCUUUAUAUAUUCUAGAUAGAAGUCCUUUGUCUGUGGGACAGUUGACCAAAAUUUUUUCCCAUUCAAUGGAUUCUCUUUUCAAAUUGUGCUCCACAUCCUUGGCUUCUCAACCAUCUGCAUUUAGCCACUCCAUCCCUAAGCAAACAGAACCCCCAACCACUACAUAGGCAUGGCCAGAGGAUUGAGUGACUCGUUCCCACAUAUUCUACAUGUCAAAAGCUGUCUCAAAGGCAGCCUUCUACACAGUAACAUGGGUAGCCCCAUGAAAACCUGCUCACCAUGUGCUUAGGGUCUAGACACCCAUUAACAUCUGGAUCUCCAAAUCUCCUGCUGGUAAAGGGUGUGCUAUCAUCCUUGAUGGUCAGUUCUUUUAUAAACAGAGAGCCUGAGAUUACCAGACAUUUGAGGAAGGCUUUUAGUUUAAAAGAUGAAAAUUCACAGAAACCAAAGAUACUCAGAAAUAUUCUGAUAGAACAGAGGUAACGGAAGAAACUGCCAAAAGGAAAACUGUUAGGCAGUAUAUUCAGAGAAAUUUCUUCAAAAAUUUGAACAGAAUCAAUGUGUACAUAGAUAUAAUUAACAAUAGAAGCAAAAUAUAUUAAUAUUUUAAAAUAUUACAUGUGAAAUCAAUGGAAAGAUAAAGUCACAUGAAAAGUACAGAAAAUAGAGAUCUAAGCUGAUAAAUAUAAGAGGUCCUAUAUACAUUCAAAUUGUAGUUUAAAAUUAUUAUGAAAUUAAGAAAACAGGAGAAAUGUUAUCUAGGAAGUAAUAUUAAAUAUCAAAUAUGUUUUAGGGGGUGGGGCCUGUGUCAGGAGUUAGAACAUUUGCCCAGUGUGAAGGAGGGUUUAAGUUUGAUCCCCAUUUUUGUGUUUUGUUUUGGUUUUAAAACAGGGUCCCUGAGCUCACUAUGGAGCCUAGGCUGGCCUCCAACUGAUAGAGAUCUUCCUGUCUGUGUCUCCGGAGUGCUGGAUUAUAGGUGUGUGUUACCAUGCCUCACCUUUGCUGCAGUUUGAUUUUAAAUAUCUCCCAAGGGUGCUGUGUGGAAGGCUUUGUGCCCAGCUGAAGGUGAUAUGGAGAGAUCCUGAAAACAUUACAAGUUGGGACCUAGUUGGAAGAACAGGUCAUUGGGUUGUGCCCUUGAAAGCUCUCUUUUGCUCACUGCCCUCUCCUUGCUCUCAUUCUUUGCCUCCUGGCCAAACAACUGACCAGAGUUCCUAGGUGGUAUAGAGAGAGAUCCCUGAUCUGUGAUGCCUGUCUGCUUUGAGCUUGACCUUGUAUUCAGCUUCUUGUGUAUAACUAGUAAUUCCUUAACUUUUCAGAAAAUUGAGUAAAUAUAUAAAAAAUAUUACAAGUAGCAGAACUAUUUUAAAUAAAUAUCUUGGUGGCCUCAAGAGUCCUUGUAGUUUCCAGAUCUGGGUGUCAUGGUGCAUGCCUAUAAUCAUCGCACUUGGGAGGCAGAGGUGUGAGGGUCCCCAUGAACUUGAGACCAGCUUAGGCUACACAAUGAGACCUUGUCUCAAAGAAAAAAGAAACCUCAUAUGUUCCAAUGCAAGCUUGUAUAUUGCAUAGAUGUUCUUUAGCACUAAAAAAAGUCUCUGUGACUAUUUUUCACUCAUCCAUUUUAAUAUAAAAUUCUAUGAAGAUGAAAUUUAUUUAAGAAUUAAUAUCUAAUUAUUAAUAAUGUACUAAAACUUGUUUUAAUAUACUUUAAAAAUACUAUCUCUUAAGAUUGAGCACCAUUAAAGAAAACAUUCUUAAUAAUUGUAUAUUCAUAUAGGGAAAAAAUGAAAAAGUUAUCGAAGUACUAUGUAUUUUGGAUGCAGCCUAUGUGAAAUGUCUGGACCAAACAAAAGAUGUCUUUGAAAGUUAUGUGAACUGGGUUAAUAUUUCUGUUAUUUUUAUCUACAAAGUAAAAAUAAUAUUUGAAUUUUAAAAACACUACUGCAAUCUUAGUAGUAAAAUAUAUAUAUCUUUUUAGAGUUACUUAGUGGUUGUAAUUUGUAAUUUUUAAACAUUUAAAGAUGAAGUGGUUAAAUUUUAUCAUUAUCAGUUUAUUUACAGGAGAACGAUCUUUGAGCUAUUAUUAAAUAUAUAAAUUUAAAGUGUCACCAAUACUAACAGUUACAGAGUAAUUUUAUAUUGUUUUCUUUUUUGAAAUCACUAUGCAUUUCUUCAUUUUACCUAAACUUUAGUUUUGAGAUUCCCCUAAUUUUUUCUCAACAUUUUGAGGUCAGAAAUUACUGUGUAUUUUAAUAAUCCAGUAAGACAGUUCCAUCACUACAGCACAAUGAAGAGAUAUGGCUUGGUAAUGAGUAACAAUAAAAAUCAUAAAUGGGUUUAAAAGUUCGUAUAAAAAUAUGCUGUCAAUUAUACCUUUUCUGAGAACAGGACUGUUAUAAUUACCCUCUUUUGUAGGACAUGGUAUCAUGAUAGAUAUAUAGCAGAUCCUUAAAAUUAUUGUAAUAAAUCAAAAGAAAUAUAAAGGUAGAAUUUUUCAGAGUUACAAAUUAGGAAGACGUAAUUAAUGACCAUAUAAUUCAUCAUGCUACUCCAUUUUCAUAAAUAAAACAUGCAAUAAAUGAGAUGACUUUAGAAUGUUCGGGAUGGGUGUGAGGUAGCAGGAGUCAUGCAGAACAAAAACCUCUCUUUAGGGGGUAGCCAAGUGCUGGAGUUUAUUUCAGUUGUUUUGGGUACCUUAAUUAUCCUGUCCUAAAAUCAGUACCUUAAAAUGAGGGCAGUAUCAUUAUUUACCUUAUAGUAUUUUUGUGAAGCUCAGGGGUUUAAUACAUAAAGGAUGUAAUGGGAUAUGACAGAUUAGAGUCUAGUGAAAACUUUACAGAAUCUCAUAGAAAUUUUAUCUCUCUUUGAAGAGACUAGUUCGUGAUUAACAAGCAUGUACUAAAGCCAUUUUCCAUUUCCAAGCGUCUCCAUAAGAUGCUAUAUCUCUUGACCAGCAAAGAAAAUUUCAAGGGUGAGAUAAUUAUCAAUAUGGUUGUUGGGUGGUUUUUCCAGCAGUCUUUAUUUAAUAUCUUCAAUAAAAAUGCUAAUGAGUCCUAAUGGUUCAGAGAACACCUUGUCAGUCCUUUAGUACUGACAAGUACCAUCAGACUAAUUCCCCCUCAGAUAAAUCUCGCUCUCACUUCUAAGUAAAAUUGUUUCAAAUUAAAUGAGUCUUGAUCUUUCAUUUUAACUAUCUAUAGAAAUAUAUAAAUCUAGACAUGUAUAAUCUAGGGUUUGCCUUAUUAAAAAAAAAAACAGAGCUCCUGGCACCUGACACAUUCUGACCUACAUAUCUUUUAAUCAAAAAUGAAUUUGAUAGACUCUGAUGUGACAGUCUGUAUUAGUUUAUUUUUGAUAGUUUGCAUUUUAGUUAAUUAUAGAAAAAUGAUUUUUUUCAUCCAGUCUCUGUCUCUCUUUCUCUUUCUGUCUCUGGGUGUGUGUCUCUGUGUUGAUCAGGUACUUCUGUAGUAGUCAAAUUCAGGGUUUUUCUUUAUUAAACUUUGGUUUACAUACAGACUGCCAAUCUAUUUGGAAGGGUAGUUUGAUUGCCCAUUUGUCUUAAACAUGGCAUCUCGACAUCUCAGUUGAGUGUUGCAAAUGUCCAAUUAAAGUCAGUUUGGAUCUAGAAUAUUUCUCAUAUCUCUCACAAGUUAACUGUUACUGUUUACUCGUACAAAGUUCAUUGGUAUACCAAACUCAUCUUAGUACUACUCUUGACACAAUUCUUGUUCUAAACUCUAUAAUCAUUCUCUAGAAGAAGGUGUGAUUUUGGCUAGAAAGUUAAAUCCGAUUUUUUUUUAAAAAAUUGGUCAUGGAUUUUGUCGUGAAAUAUACUAAGAAUACUUUAGUAGCUGUAAAAAUAUUUCUUCUGAGAUAGAAUUUUCCCAUGGCUACUGCAAUUAAUCUGUUUUCUUCCUAUUAAACAGAUUGUAGUAUGUAGGAUGGAUCUUUUCUAAUCUAAGCAGUCUGUAUUAAGUGUGUAAUUAAUUGAAGCAGUUAUCAAAACUUCCACAUUCUCCCAACCAUUCAGGCAAGAGUAUUGAAGCUGUUUUCAAGAGAAAUCUUCAACUUGACCUGAAGAAUUUCUUUGGAUAUAUGAAUAGUGCUGUUUCAUAAAUUGCUUGAACUAAAUUGAGCAUUUCUAUCAUUUCUAAAUGUCAGCCGCUCUGUAGCUCCCAUACAAUCUUUUGGGCUGUCCCUAGAUUAUUGCUUUAUUGCCACUCUUGCUACAAAAUGUCUUUAUACUUGGUCAUCAUCUCAUUUCAGGGAAAUGGAAGAACAAUGCCUAUGGCACUACAUUGGGAAACGGUUUUAAAAAACAAUGAACAUGCCUUAUAGCAACAAAUUUUAUUAUGAGUCAGAUAAAUAGGCAGAGGUAAAAGUCAUUGCUGUGAACAGGUAUCAGGCUCAACUGUAUAAAACAAAGUUUGUAGCAAUUAAAAUAGGCAUCAUUUUAUUACAGUUUUUAGCAUUUCCUACUUCAAGUGAGCACUUGGAACACUGAUGUGUUGAGACCUAGUAAAAUAAACAUUUCCUCAUCAGAUGAGUUUGACUUCUGAUAAAUUGGAACCUGACAGAGCAUCUCAGCUGUGUUUUUAAAUGGGCACAGCUAAACUUUAAGGGGGGGGUGUAUAAAUUCUCUGCCUUCUUAAAUUCUUUAACUGAAUGUAAAAAUUAAAUUGACAAAAGAUUUUAUCAGAAGAAAAGCAUAUAUAUUUUAUUAAUUUUAGCAUAUUCAUGGGGACAUUUACAAGUGAGGACCCAAAGAGGUGACCAAAGCACAAUAUUUUAUGCCUUUGUAAAUACUGGAAUGAUAAAUUUGUGAAAAAAUAACAACAAAAAGAGAUUGAGGUAAAAACAGUAUAUUGUGGGACUGUCAUUAGAAGUAUAGGGGGCAGAAUAAAAUUGGCAAGUGUAAGUGUUGGUUUAAUGUUCAAAACACUUAUGUAUACAGAUCUGUUGCAGCAUAAAAUUCCAGUCUUUGACAAAAAGCAUUAUUUUCUUAUUUUGAUACAGAGAGAAGGGCUACUUUAUUUACUGUAAAAUAUUCAUAUUUGUGCUAUAGUAUAUUGGCCAGAAAAUAUUGUGUAUAAAUAUAUAAUUACAAUAAAUUGGGAAAGUUUUACUUUUAUUUUUUCCAAGUCACUACUAGUUUGUUUAUUUGUAGUCUGCUAAUGACUUUGUAAUAUUUCAUUUAUUGGAAGAGAUUCUAAAUUGUCAGAACUGUUUUCAUUAUCCAUAAUUUAUAGUUAUUAUAUAAUUUUACUUGCUUAGUUAAGAAUCAUAUAUGGGAUGGCUUGGUUACUUUUCUCAUUGUUGAGAAGAAAUACCCAACACCCAAGGUUAAAGGAGCAAAGCCUUAUUUAUUAUUUAGCUCAUAGUUGUAGAGAUUAAGUCUGCAGUUGGCUAGCUCCAAGGCAAGGUGGCAUGUCAGACAGGCAUCACAGAAAAGAAACAGUUCAUGACAACCACAAGAUAGUAAAGCAAGCAAGGGACAUUAACAGAAUCUUUCUGCACCUUGUAUUUAUUCAGGCUAUUCAGAGUGGUAGCACCCAGACCCUUAAUCCUAGUACCCUUGAUCCUAGCACUGCACCAUGAAUUAAUCUCAGUCUCCCACCGUCUGGUUUCAGCCACCUCUGAAAAAGUCCCACUUAUGACUACAUGAAGCUUUAGGGGGACAUCUAGACAAGAGUGAUAAUAUGGUAUAUAUCCCUAUUCUACAUGUUAAUUUUGUAGUUUUUCUACCCAUCUAACCAAGUUUCUAGCUUAGUUGAAUUUUGUAUAUGUAAAAGGAUGACAUUUGAUUCAAAUUAGUGAUCAGUUCUAGGUUUUUCUGUUGAAAUAUGAAUUUUUGAGCUGGGCAUCGUGGCACACUCCUCUAAUCCCAGCAGUCUGAGAGACAGGGGCAGGGAAAUCACAGCAUGAACUUUUAUUACGUCUGUUUGGUAAUUUAGAGAUAGCAAGAUCUGAUCUUAAAAUAAAUGAAAAUAAAAAUAAAAACAAGCUGGAGGAGUAAUGUAACUCUGUGGUAAGGUACUCCCAGGUUUCACCCUUUAAAUUAAAAAACCCAAAAGAUUGAUUGGGAUAACUUAGCAAAUAAAAAACGUUUUACAUGAUGAGGAGAGAUGCUCUUCUGGUCUGUACCAGCAGUUGUAACUUAAAUCUAUAGCUAACUCCACAUUAUGAGGAUGUCUUUUAAUUGUUGUCCUAAUCUUUUCUAUGUUACUACUCUUCAUAAUUUGUUGCUUUUCUUUAUAUAUCCUUUCAUUCUUAUUUUUCUCUUUGUGUUAUUAAAAACCUUUUCUCCCUAUACACUAAUCUUCUCAAAACUUCGUUCUCUUUUUAAAAAUGUAUGCGUUAUCACUGAUAGCCACCAGUGCUUUUCAUUGUAUUUGGAGCUAAAAAUCCUGCUUACAAUGGUAUAAUAAAAGGAAAUCACUUCUUUUGAAACUAUUUAUUGUUUAAAAACAUUUUUAGACCUCCUUUUACCUAAUGGUUCAACUGGAAUCGCCCUCUUUCCUUUGCUCAAGAAGAGUUUGGUCUCUGAUUUUUGCAAGGCUUAUUAUAAUUCUGUGUUAUAGAAAGCACUACUUUAAUAGAAUUGACUUAAAUUCACUUAAUGACAAGUAUUUAGUAAGCACUUCAAUGACAUUAUCAAUAACAAGUGUUUAGUAAGCACUUCAAAGAUAUGCUAGUGUCUAUAUUAUUUUUUUAAAUAAUCGAUUUCCAAAAAUGCAAUAAUUUAGAUUAUUUUCAAACAAUUAUAGGGUCUUAGAAAUAAAAGUGGCUGCAAAAAAUCUAGUCUAAAAUUGGAUGAGGAAAGAACACUUUAACAUUUAUACUAAUGAAAUAUCAUUUUAUAAGUGAAAUACAUAACUUUAAUAAUUUAUAUAAUAACUUAAUUUUUAUACUUCCUGCUUAUAAAAUUCCAUAUCAUAAAGUAGAUAUCUCAAAAGAAAGAGAAAUAUAUAUGUAGAAAUCAUGAAAUUGUGUAACUGAAAUUGAGUUUGUUUCAUUUCUUUGCAUAAAUGUUUCAAAUUAUAAUUUGAAUAAUUAUAGAUUGUCAGUAUAAUGUAAUGUAUUGGUUACUUUUCUUUCAUUACUAAGACAAAAUACUUGAUGCCCAAAAUUAAGGAAGGAAAGGUUUGUUUAGCUCAUGGUUUGUGGAGGUUUCAGUCCAUAAUCAGCUGGCUCCAAAGCAAAAUGGCACAUGGAAAAGAGCAACAGUUCAUGGUGGCAGAAAAUGGCAAAAGCAGCAACAACAAAAAAGGGAGGAACAUGGAGACAAAAUUCUUUCUGUCUCUUAUAUUAUAUGUAGAUUACUUACCCUAGGGUGGGUGCAGCAAUCAACCCGUAAUCCCAGAAUUGGACCAUGAAUCAAUCACAAAUUCUAGAAGCCUGACCCCAUGACCACAUGAGGCUUUGGGUGGAAGUGGGCAUUCAGACACAAACCAUAACAUAUACACAUUUAAAGUAAUUACUUUUAUGAAUGUUCAUUUUUCUUAUGUUUUACUUUUAAAAAUCAUUAUUUUUUGAAGAUUAGGCAUUUUAAAAUAAGAUUAAAUCUGAUGAAUAAAAGUAGAUUCAUUAAUUAUGAAUGUAUAUCUUAGGUUAACUUUAUGAUCUAAGUAUUUACGGUAAAGUUAGCAUAAAAUAAAAUUAUCUAGAAUUAAAUCUUUCUCACAUGUAACUAUUAAUUACUCUUUGCCACAUGCUUUCUUAAAUUACUGAGCACAAACCUAGCUUUGUGGGUAUCAUUUUAUACAUCUUGUUUUGUAACCAGAAUUAUAUGAAUUUAAUCCAUGGAAGAUAUCAAUACACCUUCUCCUCUCUAAUUGCUCAUCAUUGUAUUCACAGAACUGUUCCAUACUUCAUGCUUUGAAAUAUUAACCUAGAGAAACAGAUGUGUUCUAAAGACUCUCUUCUUGAGUCUUUGUAUGUACUCAUAUGACAUUGCAGAAUAUGUUAGUAUUCACCUCAUAUUUUUGUUAAUAAUAAUAGCAUAACAUUAAAUGUAUUGCAUGUUCUAAUUUGCUGCUUUGGCAUUAAGUAUUUGAACAUUUGACAUACCUCUCUUUUUCAUUUUUAUAUUUUAAAAACACCAUUAAGUUUUUAUAACAUCUUUAAUGAGAUAUGUCACACAUCAAAUUUUCAAUUAAAUAAUAUAGCUUAAUGAUUUGCAAUAUAUUCACAAAGUUAUACAAUCAGAAAAAUAAAUUUAACAAGAGUGUUAUCACUGCAACAGGAAACAUUGUAUUGUAUAGAUUUUUCCAAGAACUGACAGUACUAAGUUAUUCAUUAGAGAAAUGUUUACUCAUUAUUCAAACAUACAUAACCUACAAUAACAUGUAUCUGGCGUUUAAAGAUUUCCCUCCAAUUUUGAUUCUAUUGUGUCAUGAUUGGUGUAGAAAUAAGUAACAGAAAAUAAAUAGAAGGUUUUUGAUGGAAGAAGUCUGCAUGCACUACAUCUAGAUCAUAGGAUCCUUACUUUUUUGUACUGGGAAUCAAACUCAGGACCUUAUACUUGCCAGCAAAGCACUGUGCUACUAAGCUGUGUCCCUGGCCCUUCUGUGUGUACUACAAGUGAGUAGUUGAAGACAUACGUUUCUUGUAUAAAAAUAGGUGGAAAUUAAUCAGAGGGAAGGAUGAGAAUGGAAUAAAAUGGAACUUCUCAGGGAAAUGGAGGUAUCAGCAAAGUUGAGAUAUAAUUUGUUUGCAUAAAAAAACCUCAAAGCAAAAGAUUUUAUAGGCCAAUCUUGAACAAUUACUGUCUCAGAUUUCAGAGUUUUAGCGAUUCACAGUAAUGGUAAUUCAGGAAUACAGGGGAAUAAGUUGUUGAAAUAUGUCAUACAAUCCCACAAAUAAUGGAAUAUUCUUUGGCACCUGGUUUGGAAAUCAAUGUGUUACAUGGUUUAAUUUCUGACAUUUCUGACAGUGUGACUGCAAAUACAAUGAUUUUUGUGAAAGCCUCUAACCAUGUCGUUUUACAUUCUGAAGGUAAAAAUUAACUUCUAAGGGAGUAUUGAUGUUGUCAUCUUUACAUAAGAAAUGCAUGUUUCUUUGAAGUCUCUGUACCUUAUUUUGAUCUUAAAUAGAAAGGUUUUAAAAAUUGUCUUUGAAAAACAUUCUUAGGCUAGUAUUUUGUCUAAAUGAGUUUCAGUAUGGAAAUUUCUGUGACUUAUUUACUAGCUCUUGAAGAAAGUUUCAGGUUGGCAGCUGAUACUCAUAUAAACUCAAAUUCUGUUACUACACAAGCUCUUACAGCCAAGAAGAAUAGAGAGUCAGAGACCCAUUCACUUUAUCAAUUCUUCCAUUACCACCAGAUAUUAUACCUACAUCUCCUCCAAACAGCAUUAAUUGAUUUUAAAUGACCACAAUAUGAGCCUCAAGAAUGCUGCCUUGAAUACUAUUUCUAAUGUGUGUCUAUUUCUGAAGGGAUAUGCACAGAAUUUGGUUCCUAUUUUAAUCCCCUGAAUGUUUUCCUGAUCUGUUCUACUCCAACUUUUAAUGCUCCUGUCUUACCUAUAUACAGCAUGUGUUUUUCCCUUAAGACACUCUUUAAAACAUUCUUGUUUGAAAUAAGCUUCAAAAUCCCUAUCUCAUAAAAAGUCUUUAAAAAUCUACCUCUAUUCCUUCUCCAACUAUUGUUGAUUUUUUUAAGUCAUGUCAAAUUAUCCAGAAAAUUCACUAGUCUUGUUAGCCAUGAGACAAAGCCAGGGAGCCUGCAAAAAAUUAUAGAUCAGAAGUCUUGUGUUACACACAAUGGCUCACUACUAGACAUUUGAUUAUAGUUAUUGUCAUUACCUGAUGGUAUCCUGAGUGCCUUUAUAAAAACUGAAAAGUUAAUAAGAAAGAAAUAUUAAUGGUCUAGGAGUCUAUAUAUUUAACUUAAUUCCUAUCAUUUAUUUUACACAAUAAUCUUCCAAUAUAAUUGGAUUAAAUAUUUAAUUUAAAUGCAACAUAUUCUGAACCUUAGAUUUUUCAGUCAAGAUUUUUGAGUUUUUGCUCAAUAAACAUUGUUUACAGAUAUAUACUAAAAGUUAAUUUUUUAUUGACUCUGCUUUUCAGCUUUAUUUUAGAAAUAAUACUCAUCUCAAGCCUAUAUUUUUCUGAGAUUUAAUCUGAUCUUGUAUUGCAGACAAUUUCACCUUAGUUCCUGAUGUAAUUUUCUGAAUAUUUUUCAUCAUAGUCCUUGUACAGUCAUAUAUUUUGAGCCAGAGCUACAUUUUGAACUCUUUCCAUUCUGUUUAGAUCAUCUUAACAGUUAAUAUUUUGGCCAGAGUAUCCAUUUUGCUAUCACUAUUGUGAAUUCAUGUUUGAAAGAGAAAGUCAACCUACCACAGUGUAAAUGAUCUGUAAGACAUUGUCUACUUUCAAAAACUGGACUGAUAAGUAGACACAGGCCAACAAUCAGGCAACUUAGGAGCUUAUUGCAAUAGUCCAGAAAAGACCUGGACUUGGGCUUGUAUGUUGUCAACAAAAAUGGGGAAAAAUGAAUAGAUCCUAGAUACAAAUUUUGCAAGCUGUGGAUUGACAGAAGGCUGCCAACUGAUGAGAGAAAGUGGAAUCAAGGUUGACUCCAUUUUUAGUUUGAUUAGUUACAUGGUUGCUAGUUUCAUUUGUUGAAGUGGGAUGAAGGUCAGUAGAGAAAUUGAUUAAUGUGAUAGUAAAUUAAGAUGUAUUUUAUGGGCAUAUUUUGGCUGAGAUGCAUUUUAGCCAUUCUACUGGAUGGAAAUUAUGAUUGGAAAGCCUGAAAAUAAUAGAAGAGUUCUGGGUUACAGAUACAAGUGAGGAGUUUGUAGAUCAUUUUUAAGACCUACAAACUAAACCUGGGUUCCACACUCUGCCUUGGUUGGUGCCUAAAAUUUGGAUAAGUAAAUAAAUAAUGACAUCAAAGGAAAUGGAAAAUAUGAUAGUGAAAGAGAAGAAGCACCAUGAUUACAGUCAGCAUGUAGAAAACAAAAAAAAUUAUUUUUAUUUUUUUCUUAGCAUGUGUUUUUAGUAUAUAAUGAUUACAUUCCUUGGGGAGAGUUGGUAUAUGUUCAUAAUACAUUAAUUCCUUUUAUUUUUUAAAUUUUAUUUAAAGAGAAAAAGAAAAAAAACAAAAAAGGGUACAAGUAAUACAUAAUUUAAAAAAUAGUAAGAAAUCACUAGUUAUUAGAAUAAUUCAUUUUCUUGCCUGUUUUCCCUUCCCUCCCUCUACUCUCCACUCUUCUCUUAAUACUUUUCAUUUUCUUACAGUAUAUUGUGUAGUACAUAGGUUUACAUCACAUAAAAGGCCAGUUAUACCAUGAAAGCAUAGGAAAGGGUCACAGUUGAGGAUAGAAACAUGCAAUUUAGGCAUGAUACGUAGUAAGACAGACAAACGUACAUUCUUGGUUCUCCUCUCAAUUUUCCUGAGUGUUGAGUGUUAAAGUUUAUGGCUAUAUAUUUGAACUUCAAGACUUAGUAUAACUUUAAACUCUUCGUUGCAAAUCACUUAAAGUUGAUGAAAAAAGCAAUUCUUGUAGCUGCUCAUCCAAAACAUGCACAGUAUACUGUCUCUUUUCAGUAUCUCAACACUGAUUUUGUUUGACUCAAGCCAUCAGAAGAUAGGACUGAAAGUGAUUUUCCCACAGAGAAUUUUGCUGGAAGUUACUUUGAUAUUUAAAUAUUUGACUUAGAUUAAGACGUGUCAAAAGUUGCUCAACAAAAUAUCAUGUAUGUUACAUAGUACAUAUCCAAAGUGCAAAUAAUUAAAAUCCAUAUUCUGCAUUCUGUGAAAACAAUGUAGUCCUUAACAUUUGAUAAAUUCUCCAGAGUGUUACAAUUUCAUGGUUCAGCCUAGCACCAAACAAUUUUUCUUACAGGCUUAUAUUUCACUUUCCCUACAGUAAUGUUCUUAAGACAAGGAACUUUGGAACCUUUUGUUGCUUUUAGUUUUUGAACUCCACAACCCACUCAGGAUUGCAUAUAUAAAUAGUAUUUUUCUAUAAGCCAAGGACACAAUUUAACCAUUGUAAAAACAAUCUAAAAUUGCAUAUUUCCAUAUUGGGGAAGUUUUCUUAAAUCCAUGCUUCUUGGACAUCAGUGUCUCUCAAAAGAGUCAUCCUUAAAAUGGUCUGAGCUCCUUCCUCCCAUAUCUUGUGAGCUGAAUCACUCUCUUCUCUUUUGGGGAUGUAAUCUUUUUAGAUGUAUGUAUGAUUCACCCUCAUUUCAUGGAGAUCUCUGCUAAAAUAUCAUUUCACAAUGACUGUUGAUGACCACACUAUCUGAAUUGCUUCCUGAACCCAUGCCUUUAUUCUCUGUCUUGAUACUCUGACUUAUUUUUGAGUGUUUAUCCUCAAUUUUUCACUUGUCUGACUCCCCAUCCAUGUUUUCCCUAUAUAAGAUCAGAAAGUAAGAAUUAAUUCUGUGUAAUUAACAUUUCUGACACCUGCUCUGUGGAGGAGUAACUAAUAAUCAACUCCGCUGAACUGAAUCAGUGUGAUGCUGGGUGUGGAAAAAGGGCAUCGCCAACAGCAUAGAAGAACUGAAGGGAAGAUGGUGUGCUGUUGAUGUUCCUGGGGAAGCUUGUCAUGAUGGUUUUCCUGAUAUACACUCAGCUAUUAUCAUCAGAGGAAUUGAGUCUUUGUUAUCGCUGAGGAUGGCUGUGGUUCUUUUUUUUUGGGGGGGGGGUGGGCUCUGGUCCUUACCUUGAGAUUUGCUUCCUGGUUCCCAUGCAAAUCCUUCAGCCUGCUGGCACAGAUCCUUCAUUCCAGUACCACAGACUUUGUAGCUUCCGCCACUUACUUUUGGGCCUUCUGAGUACAGACCCUUAAUACACACUUGCGUGAGACAUUGUCAUGGACUGUAGGCCUCCAAAUAGACUCGUGGAGGACAUUGCCUUGGGCUCUAGGUCUUCAGCUGGACUCAUGUAUGAUGUUGCAGUGGGACCAGGCCUUUAGCUGGGUUCUUUAGUUCUCUAGUGUAUCAGAUAUUUUGUACAUUUCUGCAUUGGACUCUUUGGGUGAAUAUUAUAAAAUCAUCUCAUAAAGUAUGUGUCUUGUGUUAAAUCUUUCCCCUUGAAAAUCCUGACUACAACACAUGGUGAUAGCCUGAUAUAAGAGGUUCUAAACAAUAAUGGUAAAACAUGAAUGAUAAAAUGAAUAAACAUGCCUGAAUGCCAGUUUCUUUAUAAGAGGAAGAUUUUAAUUUAUAAAGUGAACAUAUUUGAGUCACAGAAUGUUGGCUGAGUAAAGCAAUAAAAAUAAUGCUUUGUGCUUUCAUAGAUAUAAAGUAUGAUAAAUUUGUACAGCUUCUAUCUUAAUGGGACAUAAGGAAGAUUAUAUUUAUUUGACUACUUAUUUGCUAUAGAAAUUAUUUGGUAAUAUAGUAUAUUUAAUGUAUAAAUCGAAUGUAUCCUAGGCUCACUAAGGUAGACUACCUACUUCUAAUGUUUUUAGACUAUUUUUUUCAAUUUAUGUAAUUUUUCAUUUAUGUUAAUAUUGAAGGAAACUUCCUUAUUAAGACCUACAUUAUUUAUUGGUUGAUUUUGUUUGUGUGUUUAGUUUUUUCUUUUGAGAUAAGAGCCUCCCUAUGAGCUUAGGCUGGCCUUGAACUCACUGUUACAGCCUACACAGGCCUUAAACUCACAGAGGUUCUUCCAUUUCAGCCUUUUGAAUGCAGAGAUUACAGGUGUGCGCCACCACAUCUAGUUUAUUGGUUGAUUAUUUUAACUGGGAAUUUGUUUUUGAAUAUUCUUAUACAAAUAACAGGCCCUAUAUUGCAUAGUUUGUUUUCUUGUGUAGUACAAAGAUAAAUAGAUGUUAUUUAUAAUAAAAUUUUACUAAAUUAAUCAUCAAGUUAUUGGAUUAUUAAGGGUUACCUGGUUGGUUCUGAGACACUAAAAGGUAAGUAUAGGACAAAAAGUACUCUUCCAUUUAAGUUGCAAAUAAUAUUCUGUGCUCUAAAUUUUUUAAAAAUAAAAAAUAAUAAAUGAUACAGAAUUUCAAAACACAAUAAUAAAGAGAUUAACACUGGUUAAUAUAUUGCAUAUUGUCAUCUUCAAAGAUAUCCCUUUCUCUUGGAUAAGAAGAACCAACGAUUUGAAAAUGAAUAUUCUCCCAAAUGUGGUAAAACAGAUUUAAUGUAAUUCCAAUCAAAAUACCGUUAGCAUACCUCACAGAUCUAGAGAAAACAAUCCUGAAAUUCAGUUGGAAACAGAAGAGACCUAGGGUAGCAAAAGCAAUCCUGGGCAACAAUAGCAAGGCAGGAGGCAUCACAAUCCCUGACUUGAACUUAUACUACAAAGCCACUUUGAUAAAUUUUUCUUCCUAAAUUAGCAUCUGGGGAAAUUUAAGUUUUAGAAGGCAUUAUUCAUUUUUAAAUUAGAGACAUUCAUGUCUGAUUUUUAUUUAUUAGAGAUUUUUAUUUUUAGAGAACAGAGAUAUUUUGUUUCUCCUGAUAACAAUAAUAAAACAUAGUUGUAGAAUUCACCCACUAGGAUAACGUGUCUACUAAUGUGUAAAUAAGUGAUAGGGGGAGGGAGAGCCUCUGUCCACUGUUUGUCUAUGCUUUUCAUUUUCAGGUGCAAAGACAGAUCACUCUUUCAUCUACCUGUAAACCACACCCGUAGCCUUUAAAGGCAGCCUGCCAAUUGAUAUUAUUGCUGCAUUGGAGAUUAAAGGGAGGUGGAAUAACUCUCUUGUUUUUGAAUGCUUUGUGGAAAAUAACUAAUUCUUAUGGUAGAGUUGGAGGGUUAGACUGUCAUAUGUAAAAACAUAAAUCUACUUAGUAUAAAAUGCAGAAAUGAAUCAUGAGAGAGUAUGGAAUUUAGUUUGUGAAUCCCAGUCACUGGCUAUGAAAAUAUACUCUUUUAAAUAAAUCAAUUUUCUUAUCAGAAUUUAUUGUGGCUAGACCCAGUGAAAUGUUUUAUAACUUUUUAGCAAUGGUUUUUAGCGCUAAUUUUUAAAUUAGUUCAUCAAUUACAAAAAAUUCUGUGUACUAAUUCUAGUCUCAUCGUUAACCACUUAGACAAAAUUUCUAGAUAUUUUUGGUAAAAUCUGUACUAGAUAAGACUGAUGCUUCAAGGCUGGAUGGAGGGUAAAAUAGUGGACUUUUACCCGUAAAGCCUGGGGGAUAUGAGAAUGCUGGCUACAGGAGCUUGAGAAGUGGGAUACUGUGCCGGCAAACUGAACUCAGUGUCUGGCAAUGCCAACAGACAGUGUGUCGAAGUUCAAACAAGUGAAUGAAAUCUGACAAUGAACUGUAAAUACCAAGACUCAGAAACUGCAGCUUCAGUCUCUGGAAUCAAAUAGGCUGCUUUUCAGUGUCGGUUUUAAACUCCAACAGCAUGACCUUGAGUAAAGCUGUUUAGUCUCCUGGGUCUCAACCUUCUCCUGUUAAAUGUUGAUACUACUACACCUAUAUAGCUAGAAUUAAGUUUUGGAAUGUAUAUAGAUAAUUCAGUAAAAAACUCUUAAGAAGAUUAAGAUAUUUUUAUUUGUUAAGUCACCCUGGAAAUCUAGGGUUCCAGCCUGCAAAUUACACUAGGUGAUAUUGGAACUGAGUAGGGAUUAGUUUUCAGUUAGGAAAACUCUUGCAUUGCUGUUGAAGAUCGGCUGCCUGAUCCAACUUUCCAUCCUCUGGAUAACCAUCUCAGAAUGCAGGUCCUAAAGUUAAUAGUUUAUGAGGCUGAAGUUUGAUAAAUAAGAUGCUUAUUUUAAGCUGGUGUUACAGAGGCCAGCACAAAGAGAUACGAGCAGCAGAGUGGUAUUUGAGUUCAGUGUUGUCAGAGAACAUUUCAAAGAGCUGUCCCAUAAAUUUCUUCUUUGUGCUUUUUUUGUGUUAAUUUUCUGCAGAAAUCAAUGUAUGCAGAAAUCAGGGCUGACACAGGAUCAGUUUAUGAGCGUUUGUCCUGGUUGCCUGUUGUGACUUUCCCCUUUGCUCCAUGCCUACAGGUGUCCCUGUAGGAAUGUAUAGCAUUGAAGGAAUAUGUAGUGCUGAUGCAAUAAUCAAGUAGAGUCUGAGUUCUUAGUAAAAGAACAUUAAAUAUCUUCAGAGAGGAAAACAAUAUGUUAAUUGCAAUGUGUUAAUAUACUUAAGGUAGUUGCAGAAUAUGGAAAUGAGGUUAUAGUGAAUGCAGAGCAAAAGAAGCAAUCAAUUCAGAAUCUAUGUUAGAUAAUUAGUUCUAUUUUGUCAACAUCUUUUUCUGUCUCAACAAAACAUUACCUAACUAUAAAAAUUAAGUACUUGUGUUGUGAAAACUUUGCCUAGUGGAAAUAUCCAUUUAUCUCUCUCAGCUCCAGUACAGUGACUCUACUGGUAGCUGUCAUACAUGAUAAAUAUGGUUUACUUAACAAAAUUAUAUUUUAUGUAAUUGCAUACUUUAAACCAAAGAUCAAUAACUAACUUACAAAUACACACUAACAAAGAUCAAUGAGUGAUAAAUACUGCUGAAUCCAUUUGAGUAUCUUUUCCUAACAAGUGUAAUCAGAUUAUAAACUGUGGUGUAACUUAAUAAACACUGUAUAGAAUUUUAAUGGUAGAUGCUCAAAGAAAUGAAAAGAGGGGCAAAGAUAACAGUUUAAGGCUUUUGUGCACGUUUUCACGGUCACGUAUAGAUGGAGCAGAUGUAAAGCUUUUUAUAUGUUGUGAGAUUGUGUGUCUAGGUCCAUAGGUAUAUUUUAAGGCCAUUUUAUCUAUGACAUCAGCAACUACCAUAUGUCCAUUUUAAUAUUAGCCUUCAAAUAGAUGGAAAUUGGUUUGAAUGAACUCCCACUAAUGACAGCUUAUCAUCAUGGCUACAGCUGACAGCUGUCACUGAGUGUGGUGGAUAAAGGUCCCUGAGAGGACGAUGAGCUCUAGACCACGUGUCUGGAGUUGAGCAGAGCUCGCAUAUGCCUUCCCCUUCCUUAGUUCUGCAGAGACAGUGCCUAUUUAAAGACACUUCGACAAAGAGUAACCCCUCAAAGUCACAGGCUGUAGCAUGGAAACGGUUAUCAGAAACAGCUUUCCUGACCUCUGCUACUGUUUUUUCUCCACUUAUUAUUAUUACAUUUGGUACAUAAAGGACACCUCAAUUUUUCAUUGUUUAUAAAAAAUAACUAGAGCUAGAGUAUAUAAAAUCUAUUCAAAUAGAGAAUCUAAAAAUUACUUUUGGCUGACCGAUACGAUUGUCCUCACUAAGUGAGGACGUAAUGUAACUAAUAAAAGCAAAGCCUGGCUGGCUUUCUGAUGGCGUAUGGUAGGUUAUUUUAUUGUUUUCUUUAAAAGAAUGUUUAUAUAGCAUCUAUGAAAAUAAAUCUGUUCCAAAAAUUGGCAUUGAAUUAGAAAUCUAAGUUAAAAUAUUUUAAAUUCUUACAGAUAUCACUUCAAAGUAUGAAACCUGCACUGAGGAUCCCCCAUAGUCCCUUGUUUUCUUGUGAUUCAUGUGCUGUGUGUGUAUAUACAAUAUUUUGAUUCUACAGUAGCCUCAAGUAAAAUCUUGCGUGACGCUCCAGGAAAACCCAUUGGAUAGAGGAGUGGGGCUGGGAAGUCAGUGAAAGGUGGUAUUGGUGGACUUAUCAAUUGAAAAGGUGAAGCUAAUUGGCUGGAUAUACACGAGAUGGUGCAUCAAAGACAGUGUGUUUAAAAUAGAACUGUUAGAUUUCUGAAACCAUUGGCAACGUCACUGCAAUGAGUUAGGCUGAGGGCUGCAACCGGAGAUACAGGAAGGUGAGGUGGCUUACAUGAGCCUCUGAGCCUGUCUCGAGGAAUUCUUUCUGGGUCAAUUUUUCUUCCUUUUCUUUACCUGCUGCUUUCUCCUCACCCUUUGAGGCAUACUAAGAAUUUUUACUUUUACCUCAAUGCCAGUGCACAUUAAAUUCCUCUUUCCCAUGUUCUGUUAUGGUCAUUUGUAGAUAUAUCAACCAUAGCAUUUAGAGUAGGGGGCUACAUUCUGUUUGGUAUUUGUGUUCAUCUCAGUUCAUAAAGGCCAAGUUUCUUUAGAUGUUAUUACAAGGGAGAAGUUAGUCAGUAUCAAUUUAUGAUUUGGGGCUUACAGUCUCAGAUUUCAAA